CACAGAGUCAGCCUUGUGACUUCACUUGCAGGCUCAAACAGAAGGUGCAGACGGGGCUUGAAGAAGAGGGGAGGGGGGGAAAUGAAAGCCCCCACCUCUUCCCAUCCCUCUCCCCCUCCCCGUUAUAAAACCAGUAGCUGAGAUAAAUCGGAAGGGGGUGGGGAGAAGCAGCAGGAGGAAAAAAAAGAGCCGAGAAUGAUGCCUGAAAGCAGGUACAGUAGCUUUGGCUCCAUGUCUGCGUUCUUCUUCUUGAAAGUUCCCAUUGGCCCGGAGAGGCCAGAUCUUGCAGACCACACGCGCUGGGCUGUGUGUGUGUGUGUGUGUGUGUGUGUGUGUGUGUGUGGCGUGGGGCUGUGUGUUCUGUGCGAGCCACCCAGUGACGCUUCGGCUGUGCGGUGCAUUCGGCGGCGGCGGCGGUGUCUGGGUCUGUGCAUGCGGGGAGGGAGGCGGGGAGCGAUGGCAAGCGAGGGGCAGGCGAGCAGCUUCUGCCCAUUUCUCAGAGGCGCGCAGCUGCCGUCCUAGUGGGCUGGCCGCCGCGAGCCUCCGGCUUGGCCGCUCGCAAAGGCCCUGGCUGCUCGCUGCAGCAGUCUGUCUUGCGGCGUUGCAGAGGUGACAGAAAUGGGUUAUUGGGUUCGCGCGUCUCUUAGGUGGCGGCGGCGGCGGCGACCGUGCGCCCCCCUCCUCCCCCCUCUUUUUUCGCAGGUUCCCGGGGGCGGGCGCGGGGGCCUUUGAUCCGAAGCAGCCCGGGAGCAAAAUGUGGCGCAGGCACCCGGGAAGGGAGCGAGGUGCCGGGCCUCGGGGUCACAUUCGCCCAGGCGCCUGCGUGCGUGUGGGCGAGAAGAAAUCUCUCCAUCUUUUCCACUGACGACAUCACAAUAGCAAUGCGGAUGCAGCCGCCACGCAGUGCCCCACGAUCGGGAGUGGGGGUGGGGGAGGUUUGCUGGAGCCGCCCCUCCCUCCCUCGUCUCUCUAGCGACGUUUUCUAUGCCGUUUGUCUUUAGGUGGGGGAUUUUUGGGUGGGGUGGGGGGUUCAGGGAAAUAGGAUCGGUCUCAGGGCUGCUUGCCCUGAGCCCUGCGCUCCCACCGAGUUCGGGGGAGAGAAUGCUUUGCUGGCUCCGGCUGCCGAGGAAGCCGUCAUUUUGUGUUAGCGCGUGUGCGUCUGGCAGAGGAAGGAUCGGGGUGGGGGGGGGAGCGGGGAGGAGAGCACGACACUGGAAGGAUGUGUGUGACAUUGUGUCCUCGCUCCCUGCUUGUUAAAUGCACACUCCAGGGGAGGGGGAGGACUUCAAAGGCCCUCUGCAGAGAAAGGGGGUCCUUUUGGAGAGGACCUUGCGCUCUCAAUCACGUCCGCCGAGAGGCUUGCUGACAAAAGAUUGCGGGCGGCGGAGGGUGGGUGGGGGAGAUCUGUCUUUAAAAUGAAGGGCUGGAGGCAGGGGGCUACCUUGCCUCACACAGAUCUGCCACGAUGCUUUGCCUAUCCUGAUGUGUAGGUCAGGAGUCAUUCACUCUGCCCCUUUUAUUCUUGCGCCCCAAUGGAGGAGGCGGGAGGUGGGGGUGCCUGUGGGGAGAGGUGCACGAAUCUUUGCGGGACAAAUGGCAGAACCUCCAGGAUGCCCGUUUCUCAGUCCAGAUUGCCAGCUGCUUUAAUCCUGGAGCACCUCUGCAGUCUACUUGAACAGAGUCUGAUGCAGAAAGACACCUCUGCCAUUACUGGCCUGAUUUCUGAGGGCAAAUGUGUGUCAUUCAUCCCGCAACCUAUUUGCCUAGAUAGAAAUGUUCCAAAUCUGGUGCCUUGCCGGCUCCCAGACCUGCCUGGAAGCAGCCUCCGAAGCCUGCGCCUGGCUUUUGUGCUCAGCAUGGAAACACUGGGAAGAACCAUAGUGAGCAAUGAAAAGAACAGAGACAUUUUGGGCACCUGUCAAGGCUAACAAAUGUGUUGUGGUUUUUUAUGGGCCGGUGCCUACAUUGUCAGGUGUAUGUGGAGUAAUGGUUAAAAGUGAUUGUUACUCAAGUUCAGAUCCUGGGUCAGCUGAGAAGGUAGGCAUUGGCAUUCAAAUGAUGUGUGUUCACUGCCUCUUGUGAUGGACUAUGCAGGGUGGGGCUUACCUGGGCCCUCCCAAUAUUUUAUUCAAGUUGGCACCCCUGUCUGAGUGCAACCCCUGUUGCAAGGUUAUUGUGAGGCUGGAACACAUAUCUGCAGCAGAGGCCAGUGCUCUUCUGGACUGGUAGGCCAGAAGGCGUGGAGGCUGACAGUAGGUAGCGCCAGAGCCAUUCUAGUUUUGCCCUGUCCUCUUCCCUGCUGAGUUGUACAGGGCCAAGCUGAGACUAAGGAGGAGGAAGCUGUCAGCCAGGCCACUUCCUGGACUGAUUGUAAGUAGGAAGCCAGGUUCGUGAGGGCUGCCUGAGGACGGCUGAUGAGGCUGUGCCCCAUUAGCCCUAAUGGGACCAGUCACGACUCAUAAAAAUGUAACCAAUGGAAGCCCUAUCUAUCUGAUCAGAUGUACUUUAUUCUUGCAUUACAGAUUUCCAGGCUGAGGCCUGCCAUUCAGAACAGAUUCUCAAGACUCAUCCCUAGUGACCCUGGGCUUGACUGAAAAUGAAUUUCCAGUGGUUGUUAAGCUGAGAUUUGAGAUCAGGUGUCUGAAGGGGAGAAGAGCUCAAGCUCUUUAAUGUCCACUUGCCUGGUGAUAUAAGGGGGUGAAUGCAGUUUUGUCAAAUCAUUGUAUAAUAAUCCUCCCUUUUGCACACAAGUUGUAAAUAUGCCUCUUUGUCUCUUCUUCGCUGCUCCCUAUUCAAAUUUAUUAAUCUUCUUCCAUGCCGAUUGCAGAGUUCACUGUUCCUACAAACAAGCAACUUCCCGUUUGUGCGGGGAUUGCGUUUUUGGCCCCUAUGCGUGUCAGAGGAGCAUGCUUAAACCCGUUCUGCCUCCACUCCAUUUCCUGGACACUACUACAUCAGUGGUGAUGGGCAUGUGCGCGGUCACACGUCAACUGGACAUGCGUAAAUAUGGUCACUGCCUGUACUACAUUUCUACAUUCCACAACCUAAAAAUUCUAAACUUGUCAUGUUUGUUUGUUUGCUUGCUUGCUUGCUUGUUUAUUGGAUUCCUUAUCCACUCUUCACUGCAUGGUCCAAGGGCAGGUCCCAACCAAAAAAUGCACAAUUAUAAAACAAAUAAAACAAUUACAACCGCAAAACAAGAAUAGUAUAAACACAAUUAAAAACAGUCCCAUAUUUAAAACACCUCCUAUUAUAAAAAGUUACAAAUAUUUAAAAACAAUUCCUUAUGAUAAAAAUAGUUCCAAUACAGAUGCAGACAAGGCUAAAGAUCACCACUGAAAAGGCUUAUUGGAAGAGGAAGGUCUUCAAUAGUUGCUGAAAAGACAACAGAGAUUGUGCCUGUCUGAUAUGUAGCAGAAGAGGAUUCCAAAGGGUAGCUGCCACCAUACUGAAGUCCCGAUGCCUAUAUUGUAUGGAAUUGACCUCUGGAUAAGAUGGUUUCUGCAGCAGGCCUCUCUUGCAGAGCACGGUGAAUUUUUGGGUAUAUAUAAAGGGUGAACAGUUUUAUUGGGCAUAAGUUGCAAGAGGGCAGAUAUUGGUUGCACUCUAGAAGAAACCUGCUUUGCAAACAGAACAAUUGGACAGUGGAAUUACUUAUUACUUCGAGGAGUCUUAGGCUCUCCAUUGCUUGAGGUCUUUUUACAGAGUAGUGACUUGACCAACCAUCUGCUGGCAAUGUCCUAGCACUGAACUUCCUGCACUGAGCAUAAAGUUGGACUAGAAGAUUGCCUACUACAUCCCCUCAAACUCUGUGGUGAACUACAUGGACCUGUGGCUUGGACCGUUCCUUGUGUGACUUAAGUGAAAAUAACAAGUUAAUGUUUCUUGAAAGGACAUAGGGAGCAUAGUCUCACAAAUUCACUUUGAUGUUUGAUUGUCAGUCAGCUAAAAGUUGCCUGAAUUACAGGGUGAGCCUAUAUUCCUACAAUACUGGUGGCAACUAUAUCAGAGCUAAUAAUGACAUAGGGUGAUAUUCAGUGCUGUCUCUGCUGACAGAAGGCAUCAAUUAGUGGAAAGGGGAGGGAGGCGAUUUUCAGUGAUUUCUCUAUCUCCCCUACAUCCCACAAUGUGUCCUCAUAUUUUGGACUCGAGACAAGGAUGCCUUCUAGAGGUAAAGGGGACAGCUUCGGAUACUAAUGUAGUUGCGAUCAUCUGCAUGUGCAGGAACAAAGAAGCACUGCGGAAGAUAGCUGCAGAUGUAACGACACCAACAGACACUUCUACAAUGCCCCAUGAAUUCUAUUGUUCAGUCAUGAGGUGGCAGGCUGAUGGCACUGUCACAAUUGCCAUGCAGGAAAGGCAUCAAUGUACAGUCAUACCUUGGAUCCCGGACGCUUUGGUACUCGGACGUUUUGGCUCCCGAAUGCCGCAAACCCAGAAGUGUUCCAGUUUGUGAACGUUCUUUGGAACCUGAAUGUUCCACGUGGCUCCCAAGGCUUCCGAUUGGCUACAGAAGCUUCCUGCAGCCAAUCAGAAGUCACACUUUGAUUUCCGAAUGUUUUGGAAGUCGAAAGGACUUCCGGAACGGAUUCUGUUCGACUUCCAAAGUACGACUUUAUAGUUAUUACUGAAUGACUUCACACCAUCACCUGCCUAGAGAAGAGGAUAUACAGUGGUACCUCUCAAGACGAAGGCCUCGCAAGACAAAAAACUCGCUAGACGAAAGGGUUUUUUGUUUUUUGAGCUGCUUCGCAAGACGAUUUUCGCUAUGGGCUUGCUUCGCAAGAUGGAAACGUCUUGCAAGUUUGUUUCCUUUUUCUUAACACCGUUAAUACAGUUGCGACUUGACUUCGAGGAGCAACUCAUAGAACGCGGUGUGGUAGCCUUUUUUGAGGUUUUUUAAGACUUUGGUGAUUUUUGAAGCUUUUCCAAAACUUUCCCGACACCGUGCUUCGCAAGACGAAAAAAAUCGCAAGAUGACAAAACUCGUGGAACGAAUUAAUUUCGUCUUGCGAGGCACCACUGUAUGAUAGCUAUCUUCAAGUAUCUUAAGGGCUGUCACAUGGAAGAGGGAACAUGCUUGUUUUCUCCUGCUCUUGAGGGUAGGACUCAAGGCAAUGGCUUCAAGUUACAAGAAAGGAGAUUCCAACUAAACUAAGGUUACCAGAUUUUUUUCAAUGAAUCUGGGGACACUAUAAAUACAUACAUACUACAUGUUCGGAACGUUGAUGCUGCAGCAAUGGCGGUGGCAGAGGGCCGUCACCGCUUUGACCUCAACCGCCAUGUUUCCCCUUCCUCCAAGGCUUCUGUCUUCUUUUUCUAUGAGCCUGGGCAGCCCCUGAGUUGUUGGUUCUUCAGUGGUGGUGGGGAAGCGGUGCGUGGUGGGUCAGGCAUGGAAGGCGGAGAAGGAGGGCCGAGAGCGGCGACGGCAAGGCUCAGGCAGCGUGAUGCCUCCCUUCCCAUGGGAGCAGCCCAAAUCCCAUUCCUACUUGCGUGCAAGCAGGAGGGGGCGGGGAUCCCUCAGCUGGGAAGGAAGGCUUCACCCUGCCUUUUGGAGCAGCCCCAUCCCAGCUCCUACUUGUGUUCAAGCAGGAGGGGGCAGGGAUCCCUCAGCUUGGAAGGGAGGCGUCCCGUUGCCUAACUGACAGAUCCCUGCCCCCUCCUGCUUGCACACAAGCUUCGAUAGGCAGCGUGAAGCCUCCCUUCACAGCUUAGUUGCUGAGGUCAGGGAAGGUGGAGGCAGCCUGGAAGCUGCAUCUUAGAGCCCCUGCACCACCAUCAUAUGGGGGCUUCUGAGCAGCUCCUGAAGCCAUCCAGAGCCAACUGCUCCGGGCUGCUGAGACUGUCGCUACUGCCUUUCCCAGGGACAUUAGAUGAAAUCCGGGGACAUUUCGGGGAUGGAAUUUAUCCAGGGACUUAUUCACAAAUACGGGGACUGUCCCCAGGAAAUGGGGAUGUCUGGUAACCCUAGACUAAACAUUUGGAAAAACUUUCUGACAGCAGUGGAACAGACUCCCAUGAGAGGUGGUGGACUCUCCUUCCUUGGAGAGGUUUUUAAGCAGAGGUUGAAUGGCCAUCUGUCAUGGAGGCUUUAGCUGAGAUUCCUGCAUUGCAGGGGGCUGGACUAGAUGACCCUUGGGUCUCUUCCAACUCGUAAGAUUCUAUGUACUUGUAAUGCACAUGCCCCCAACACACAAAAGUGCCCAGGAAAAGACCAUAGCACAUUCCUCAGUACAUCAGACACUGAAAUGCUUUUCUGCAAAGUAAACAGAGCAAGAGAAGGAAGUCAGGACUAUUGUUACAAUUACAACACUCAGCCCAUUGGUGGAAAGAGCAUAGCUUGGGUAGAACCAUGGCUUUUUUCAGCCAGAACUCACUGGAACUCAGUUCUGGUACCUCUCAGGUGGGAAUCAUUGCCGUUCUGAGGGAGGUGUUCGUGGUUCCAGCACCUCUUUUUCUAGAAAAAUAGCACUGGGUAGAAUGUCUGCUUUGCACGCAGAAGUUUCCAGGUUCAAUCUCCAAGGAGGACUUUCAAAUUCCAAAAAUGAGGGGUGCUAAAAAGUUAUAACAUACUUUGGUUAAAUUAAUAUAAUUUUAUUUUGCUAGGUGAGUAAAAUAUGUGUAACAUUGCAUAGAAAUCAUUAAAUAUGAUUGUCAAGUACUUGCAUUUAUAUUUAUUAUUAUUAAGCAUUACCUGACAUUUUCAGAAGGUAAAAUUAAAUUUCUUUGGUUUUCCGAGGGCAGUUUAUUUGUUUUUUAAUCAAAUGUAGAUUUUCCAAGCUAAAUGUUACAAAUAAUAGCAGAUUUGAAUUAUUUACACUAAAAAAACAUAUUUUUAACACCCCUCACUGAAGAAAGUUUCAUGCCCUAAAAUGACAUGCGCUCCUGGGAUAAUAAUGUCCCAUUUCUGAAACCCUGCAAAGCCUCUAUGUUUCAGUGUAGACGAUACUGGUUAGAUAGACCAAUAGUCUGAUUUGGUAGAAGAUAGAUUCCUACGUUCCAUUGUUUGGAGGAAGCAUACAUGAAGACCUCUUGGGUUUUCCAGGAGAAGUGCUCAAGCCUUGCUGUGGGAAUAAUGUGCUAGCCCUAGAACACUCCUCUCAACACAGUUGUAUUUUUGUGUGUAUGAGAGGAACAAAAUACUUUUUCAUUGGGAAAGGUGGUGUUGGUUCAUGCCCAGCUACAGGGAGAUACAAGUCAAAGUUUUCUUUUGGGUGUUCUUUCAGUAACAAUGUUUUUAGAUGCAAAGGAGGAGCAGAAUUUGAACCCAGAUCUCCCACUCCACAAAGCCAACUUCCUAACUACAGACCAGAAAAGGGGCAACCAAAAUUGGAUUGGAGCAACUCCCCUAUCAGAAAAGGUCACAACACCUUUUAGUUUAGAAAAAAAGGCGAGUAAGGAAAGAUGUAUUACAGGUGGAUAUACAAAAGGAAGGACUUGUCUAAUGUGGAUUUGAAGGUGCUUGUGUCCACACAACAUCCUCAUCCAAGUGGCAGCUCGCACUUUCCCCCGGCUAAACUCAGAUUUUCCUAAUCUGUGGUUAAUCCAAUAAGGGAAGAAAAUAUAAAAUAAAAUUACAUGUUACCUGACUAGACAUAAUGAAGUACAUUCUGUGUGUGGGUCCUGAUUUUUUUUUUGGUGAUGUUACACAGGGUGCUUUCCAUUGUCAUCACCUCUACUUCCUUUUUUUUCCUGAAGAAAGGGAUGCUGCCUGCCUUUUUCCAGUGAAUGUUGCUGAAAGUAUUGUUCUCGGUAUUUUUAUUUUUAAAGCAGCUCUUUUGCACAGAACUGCUCUUGAAUAAAACAGCUGUAUUAAAAUAACAGGGUUUUUAUAUUGGCAACAUUUUAUCCAAGCAAUUCCAAAUCCUUGUCCGGCGUCAAGUGAUGCAUAUACUGUAUAUUUAAUUUUUAAAAAACUUCUUUUAUGCAAAUCUGGUGGAUCAAAAAACUUGUGUUUCAAAACAAAAAAAACAAAAAAGGGAAGUGUGCACAGGUAAACAAAUACAGUGGUACCUCGGGUUAAGAACUUAAUUUGUUCUGGAGGUCUGAUCAUAACCUGAAACUGUUCUUAACCUAAAGCACCACUUUAGCUAAUGGGGCCUCCAGCUGCUGCUGCACCACCGCAGCACAAUUUCUGUUCUCAUCCUGAAGCAAAGUUCUUAACCCGAGGUACUAUUUCUGGGUUAGCGGAGUCUGUAACCUGAAGCGUCUGUAACCUGAAGUGUCUGUAACCCGAGGUACCACUGUAGUCCUGCAUAUGCCCACAGUUGUUCUCAUGUUUCUGGCAAAAUGUACCAUCAACUGCUGCCCACAAGUGUGGAUGGAAGACAUUGAUAAAGGUUUUGGAAGCAUAACAUUGGAAGUGCUCAUGGAAACACCGCCCAUGCACACUUUAAUGACCCAGUGUGGACACAGCCAAAGUAGUUGUUUGAAUAGUUGAGCUAUGGAAUUCACUACCACAAGAUUCUGGAAGGUUUUAAAAGGGCAUCAGCCUUGUCCACCAUCAUUUUUUCUGCCAAUUAUUAUGUAUUACCUCCGAUGUCAAGACGCUAUGCCUCCGAAUACCCGUUGCUGGGAAACAUGAACAGGAGAGUGCUGUUGCACUCGUGUCUUGAUUGCGGGCUUCCCAGAGGUGUCUGGUUUGCUACUAUUGAAACAAAAGCUGGUCUGGAUGAUUUUCUGGUUUGAUAUAGCAGAAUUCUUUUGAGCCUCAGGAGCAGAUAGGUGUCUGAUGAAUGAUGGGGCCAUUUUGUUUGUUUAUUUAUUAAUCAAUUUAAUUUAACUGCCAACAGUUUGUUCUUCCUAUUGUUCAAUAGGAUGAAGAGAUAAACAUGUGAAAACCAGUCAAACCCCCCCCCCCCAAGUGUUGGAGAUCUCACAGGAACAAAUUGCUGCUUCCAGGGUCAUUUUAAAAUUAAUAAAUGGCAUUCCUACAGGAUCCCGUUUCAAAAACAUAGGAUUUUAAUACUUUCCUUUUCUGCAUAAUUACAAUUGCACUCUCACAGGAAGCUUUCUUUAUCAUAGCAGAGGGUGAAUGUGCAUAAUCUGUUACUGGCAUUUCGAAAUCUGGAAUUCCUACUGGAAGACAAGUGAAGCAGAACCCAAGGGAUAUCAGAUUGGCACAGCAAUAACACAGGGGAAGUGAGAAAUCUGCUCAUCUCUACUCGAAACUUGUCUGGAAGAAUGGGCCAUGAGGGUUUAGCAGCAGUAUUGAUAAUUGGAAUGCAGUAUAUAGUGUUUGCCAGCAAAGCUGAUUGUGCUUUCUGUUGCUUUCAGCAAUGCAACAUGGGAGCUUAUCUGCAUUUUAGGGAGUUGUGAUGAACAGCAUCCUCCCUUUGUGCAACCCACAGUCUUUAUUCUGUUUUGUCUGUAGGAGACACUCCUGUCGCCUGUGGAGUAAAAUAGGUUUAUUUGGUCAGUGUAUUUUUUCCAGAUUAAUGAGGAAGAGAUACGACGUGGCCUUGGGUGUCUGAGCAUUCGUAAUGGGGUGGAGGUUUUUUUUGGAAAUUCCCUCCCUCCCAUAACACUGUGGGAUGUCUUGUUUUUAUAGCCUCAGUCACAGCAGUAGAGUUCAGAUUCUGGAUGAGUGUAUCUGGAGUCUUAAAGGAGAGCUUCUGCAAGGAUUCUGCAAAGAUGCAUUAUGUCCUUCCUCAGGGCAUUUUUUACCCACCACCAAGUUUCCAUUUUAGUGUUUUAAAUUCUGUGGACAUGAUGACAAAUUGAUGUAGCUACAUACCUUGAUAUAUGACGGGUGGGGAACCAGAGGCCUAGAGGCAAACUGUGACUUCUCUGUCCAGCUCUUGGGACUCUCCAGACAUGCUUCCUCCCUAGGCUUCAAGUGCUGUUUUAUUUGGUAUGGUUGCAGUAAUGCCUCUUGCUUGUCUUGGUGGAGAAUGGGGUGUGUGCGAGCGUGCAGAAACCCAGGACUUUUGAUUGGCUAGAAUGUCGCCGACUGUACAAAGGGAACAGUCACGUCUCUUUCUCCACCCGCUGUUACUUCUGGCCCCCACCAACCACUAGCAUGCUGCCCCCAGAAGGUUGCCCAUGAGAUCAUGCAGUCCUUGAGCAGAAAAGGGUUAACCAUCCCUAAUAUAUGAGUUCAGAGUUCCAGGUUUGGAGCAAAUACUCUCUUGGUGAGAGAGCAUCAUCGGCAGAGAUUUAAAAAUCACAAAACGUGCAGUAAGGUAAAGCAGGGAAAUAAUAGGCUGUUAUACCUUUGAAAUACCCCUUUCUAAGUUUCUCCCAAAGUUCCCCUUUACUUCCCCUUUAGCAUAGAAAUAGGCCACACACUUGUGCAAAGUUAAAAAUGGUUUACUUAAUGAACUCAUUAAAAAAUCAGAUUCAUGUGCUUUUCCAUAAAGUAGCAAGAAACGACAGGCAGCAAUACUUCAUUUCAAAAUUGGUAUAUGUUUCUAAAUUAUUUGUAGAGAAACACAAAGUUGGCUUGCUCUGGGCUUGGCGCAAUCAGCCCAGAUGUUCUUUCUGGUUGGAUUCACAUGGUGGAAGUAAGCAAAGGCCUUGUUAACACUUCCUCUCAAGGUGAGGGGAUAUGGCCUAGUUGGGUCUGGCAGAACAGCUUACUCUAUGGUCUUAACCCCUUCACAUAUCAACUAGAGCUAACCUUACAGGUUAUAUGAGGCUGAUAUUUAUCCCACAGUAUGCACUCUGGGUUAAAUGAAAGAGUUAAAUCUUGCUCCAAGAUGGUCCCCAGCUGUUUUCAUUCACUCACAGAGAUUGCAAUGGAAGAAUGAUAUGAGAUCCAGCUGAGUGUGAUGCCUCAUCCAGAAGAUAAAAGCAUUUGAGCUGCAGGACCAAGCCACCUUCCUUACUUAUAAAAGGAGUAAUUACUAACAUCCAAUGUUCUUUCAGUGCAUCUAAAGGGCUGGGACUGUCAUGGCUGUCUCUGGUCUAAAACUAGGAUUUGUGGUUUUUUCCUUUUUUUGCUAAGCUUCUACUAACAUUUUUUUCCCAAAUAUUAACUUUGCUUUUGUUUCGUAGCUGUGAUAAGCUUUUAUAUUAAUAUAAUCUAUCAUUUAUUUAUCAUGGGAAUACAGUAGUACUCUAAGUAGGGUUGUCCUUAUUAUGAAUAUCAGGUUAACUUCAAUGAGUUAUUGUAGGUGUUGUUGAACUGUGGGUACAAAAUAGCUUGUACAAAACUAUUUAGUAUAGCUGAGGAUGAUCUUGUCCUUCAAAUAUGGGUCAUUUGGAUAUUGCAUUUGUGAUGUUCAGUUCUGGCAUGAUUUAAGAUACUCACUGCUCAGCUGCUAUGAGUCUCUAAAGAAUAAUAGCUCUUAAAAGAAGGGGUUACCAUUCUGUAAAAAUGGCAUAGAAGCUUUAGAAAUUUAGAAGCUUAUUAUGUAGCAUGUUCUAAAAGUAGGGUGCAAGGUUUAUUGGAGUAAUACCGUAUAUAUUAAGGCUAAGUUAUUUGCAAGGUGAAUUUAAAUUCUCUGGAUUCCGCUAUUUGGUGAUGUUCUAGGAUUUGAUGAAACUGUGUGUCAUAAACCAGGCAUUCAGUCACAUGAAUUACAGAAGGCAACCUAGCCUUCUGGAAUCCAUCCUACCAGGUGUAAAGACAGAGGUUCUGUUGUUAAUUUCCUUUUAGGUAGUUAUUUAAGCAUAUCAGUGCUCUAAUAGAAAAACAGUAAAAGGUAGCUUAAAGUUUUUUUUCUUCUCUAAAAUGAUAUUCUCUCCCUGCUCCCUCCCAAAUGGAGAUACCCUAAAACUAAAAUAGUAUUCAGAAUAACCAUUAUCACUUAUACUUUGGGUAGUUAACAUCGUUUUAAAUUGUACAAAAUAACACGUGUGCAUAAGUCAAGCUGUAAAACUUGUUCUGUGUACUUUUUUUUUUAUAAAAAAAGACAAGGUGAAAAAAUGGGAUAUCCUCAGUUGCAUUUUUGUAUAUUACCAACCAGGGAUGCUUCUAAUGAUUCAGAUAAUGGAGAUUUAUUGACUUUCUGGCCUCUUCUGCUGUGCUGGGGACAGUCCUUGCCAGCAAGCUAUAAAUUUUGGGUGAAAAAAUUCUCACUGUUCUUGCAUCUGUUGGAAGAAGGGAAUGCUUCUCCAUUCAACUCCUCCUGUGGAUUUUCCUUUUGUUCAAGCUGACAUUAUGUGACAUCUCUACCACUUAAACAUAAUUGUUUGAGGAUUCUGGAGUUGUACUGCUAUGCAGGGUGAGAAUAAGUCCAAUUGAAUUUGGCAUGAGUAAAUCUACAGAAGCCUGGGCUGCAACUAUUACAAGGGGAAUAAAUUGGUAAAUGAAAGGUAAAAAGAUUUUUCCACUAGUUGAUGGACAAUAAUUUGUAAAAGUGAAUAUUGAAAUGAAAUCUAUGUUUGUAGGCAAAGUAUUUUGGGUGUAUUGGCAAUGUUGUAGCAACUUGUAGGAAUUGCAACCCUAUCCAACAAAGGUGUAACAUAGAAUUCUCAUACAGUGGUGCCCCGCAAGACGAAUGCCUCGCAAGACGGAAAAACCGCUAGACGAAAGGGUUUUCCGUUUUGAAGUUGCUUCGCAGGACGAAUUCCCCUAUGGGCUUGCUUCGCAAGACGAAAAUACCUUGCGAGUCUUGAGAUUUUUUUAUCGCUUUCCCCCCCCUUUAUCUAAUCUGCUAAGCCAUUAAUAGCCUUUAAUAGCCUUUUAGCAGCUAAUACCCUAAGCCUUUAAGCCUUUAAUAGCCGCUAAACAGCUGAUAGCGCUAUUAGCGCUAAUCCGUCAAUGGGCUUGCUUCGCAAGACGAAAAAACCGCUAGACGAAGACUCUUGCGGAACGGAUUAAUUUCGUCUUGCGAGGCACCACUGUACUGAUGUUGAUUUAAGUAGAUUGGACAAGGUGGUUAGUGGAUAUGGGAGCAAACUAGUUUCAAAGAAUAGGUUGAAUCAUUACUUUUUGGUUACUGCUUUUAACAGUGUAAUCUUACACAUACUUACUUUGAGGUAACUCCUGAGUUCAAUGGUGCUUACUCCCAGGUAGUAGGUUGGUAUAGGCAGCCUAAGUAAAUCCAAUGGUUAGUAAGCUCAUGAGGGUGGAACCUGUUCAAGUGACUCUGUAAAACAUCUAUAGAUAACCAUCUAUAUAUGCUGUGCUUCACUGUUGGGCCUUCCGCAAACUGGAUAUGACUCCUGAACUGCUGUAGUGAAAUCAUGUUACUUGAAGAAAUGUACAGUGGUACCUCGGGUUAAGUACUUAAUUUGUUCCGGAGGUCCGUUCUUAACCUGAAACUGUUCUUAACCUGAGGUACCACUUUAGCUAAUGGGGCCUCCUGCUGCCGCCUUGCCGCUGGAGCACGAUUUCUGUUCUCAUCCUGAAGCAAAGGUACUAUUUCUGGGUUAGCGGAGUCUGUAACCUGAAGCGUAUGUAACCCGACCCAAGAUACCACUGUACUAGUACUGUACUAGAAAGUGUUAAUCAAUGCAGAAGUGUGUUGUCUUACCAGGAGAAUUUGUGCAGUUUCCUAAAGUUGAAUUUACUAUUGCUCAUGUAGUAAUUUAUCUAGAGUUCCGUGAGUCCCAAGGCAUUGUUGGGCUCAGGAGUGGAGUGGGCGGCAGAGACCUAGGAGCAUGAACAGGAAAAUGAGAUGGGACUGGGGAACAGAGGCUAGAGGCAGCAUCUACUUCUCCCUCUCAGGAUAUGACUGCCCUUGCUGAGGAAGCAGGGCUCUCAUCUCCCCUUUUUCUUCCUGAGGAAAAGAGUGCAGUAAUUGAAUCCAAGGUGGAGGGCAGGAGCCAGCUGGGGUGGGGGGAGGAACUGGAGGCUGAAAGGGAGGCACAACCUGGUCUCCCAGGACCUGGUGAUGAAACUCUUCUCCUGCCCCCCCCUCCCCGGCUUGCAGAUCACAAGAGUCUCUGGAAUGAGCUCUCCUUGCCCCAUCUUUAAAAGUAGGGCGGGGCGGGGCUCCAAUUCUUCCAUGUGGUUCUCAGCUCAUUGCCUUGGUCUUGGGACUCCUUAAACAUGGACCACUGCUUCUAGGCUGGCUGGCUUCACCUUUCCUGUCAUCUAGUCUGUGCGCAGCAGCUGCUAGGACUCAUUACCUGUUGCUGAGCCUGAAUCUCUUUUCUGCCUUAGAGAUUUAUUCCUUAGGACUCAGCUAUGCAGCUGCAAAUAAAACGUUUUAAGUGCAAUAUACAGCGUGAUACGAGGUGGUGAUAGUGAGCCUUAUGGAAAAUUCAAUGUAUUUUUUUUAAAACGCUUUACUAAAAAAUCAUUUUCGGAACAGUUUUUAUAUGUGUGUAGAUUCCACCUUCGUCUCAAGUAAGAGCCUCUGUCAUUGUGAGCUGGACAGGAGCCUGGAUAAUGAAAUAUAUUGUAUUAUCUAUAGUUUGGUAUGUAGUACUGUAAACUGUGUGCUUACUCACCUCAAAAAAAGCUCUGCUUUUAAGAUGAAAGUCAAAUAAUUCUGCUUCCAGACUUCUAACACUCUGUUCCCCAGCCCCAGUAUGUAUUUUAACUGGAACGUUUAUGGAUGGGGAAAGGAUUGAAUACUCCCUUUUUGUCCCCCUCUCUGCAAUUUGGAAAUGCAGAGGGGAUAUGGAAAUUAGGGCAAUUAUAUUUGGAAAAGGCAGGGUUAAAAUGAAGAGCUGAUUCCUAGAGGGGAGAGACAGACCUAGAGCCUUGAAUGAUGGUCAGGGGUGCUGCAGGCAACACUGGCCUCUGUCCCUCUUUCCUUCCUUCCCUCCUCUGAUAUCCUCUUGCAUCUCUGCUCCCCAAAGCCCUCCACAACUAUUUGUUGCAGCAGCCCUGGCUACAAGCUCCCCAGGUGAAUGGUGCCUCUGGGGCUGGGCCAGGGGGUGCUUCCCAGGCCCCUGUGGGGCAGUGUGAGGAGGCACCUCUCUUUGGAGGGGGCAGCUCAGAGACCGGGGUGGCAGCUAUGGCUGCCCAGAGGACCCCCAAAGAGGGGGGAGCAGAGAGGAGGCUAAGAGAACACUCCACAAGGGAAGGUGUUCAAAAAAGGGUGAGAGGCUACCAGCUCUGCAGGCAAGGGGUGCAAUAACUGGGCUCCUGAGCCCCACAGGGGUGCCACAGAAAGAAUGUAGUUGGUCAAGGGAACCGUGGGCUCAAAAAGGUUGAAAACCUCUGCUUUAGGGCACUAUAUACAGGCCAUAACCAGCCACAAUAGCAAUGUGGUAGGCAAUAACACAGCUAUUUCAUAGAGUUUAAAAACAUGGAUUUUCUGAGCUUUGGAAAAAAGAAAAGUGCACAGGAAAGCAAAAAAAAAAAAAAAAAAGUGGUUGGUUUGUGAUGCCGCAGUAUAUGCCUACUGUGGAAGCAGCAUAAUGACAAAUUUUGAAUAGAUUCAUGGGGUGGGAGAAAAAUGGGUGGUUUAUGGUCCAAGGAGCUUCCAUUACAGUACUUGCUAUAGUACUCUGCUGUAGUGCAGGACUGAAGAGUUCGGUUUAAAGUAGCCCUUUUUCUAGCAGGAAAACGAUCUGCUUGCAGAAUUAAUUUCUUCACCGCCUGGAAGUAAGAGGGGUGGGAAUCAGUGAAUGGCAGGGACUUGGUUAAGUAGAUCAAGUAUGUGGUAUCCAGUGGGGAAGUUGAAAAGCUGGAUUAAUAAUGAGCCUGCAUUGAGGAUUUGUCUUACCUUUUUUAUGGCUUCAUAGCAGGGUGUUGCUUAUCACAGUGUUGCUUUAAUAGGAGACACAUUGCCCUGGGAUCUUGCCACUGCUGUGCAGCUAGGAACCUGACAUUAUUGGUAAGGGCCUGUUUGUUUAGGCAUUUCAAUGCUUUUUAAAAAAAUGAGUAAACAUUCGUGUUUCAGCAGCAGCUGGUGAGAGACAGGGGACGAUAAAUUUAGACAGAGUGGGUUCUAGGCAGGAAGAACUCUUUUGGGCUGCCUCCAAAUUCUAAUUUUCUUGAGUGCCACCUAUGGGAGAACCAUGAGUGGGUUGGGAUGGCGGGUCAGACCUCGCCACCCUUUGGUGCCAGCCGUGAUCUGGACAACUCAAGCCGUUGCCUCUGACUGAACCCGUUAUGAUUCUGCUCACAGCCCCCCAUCCCUUGGCGGGCCAGUGGGGGUGGGAAGGGGAGAUAAUAUAGUGAAAGGGAAGCAAUAGGGGCUGGAAACUGUGGUAGCAGCAUUUCCGGCUGAAGCGCGAGAUAGAAAAUGUUACCAGUUGCUGCUGCUUGCAUAACUGCAGCCGGAUCCUAUCCGUAUUUACUCUGGAGUAAGCCCUAGUUUGUUCACGGGGUUUUGCUUCCGCGAAAGUGUGCGCGAGGGAUGGCAGCCUUAAAUAUCGGGGAGACGCAGGAAUCGCCUGCGCUGCUGUAAUUCCUCCUCCUUUUGGGGAGGGAGGCGCUGGGCUACUGUAUUUACUUGGAAGUCCCACGGAAGUUAAUGGUCAAGGUGUGCAUUAGGCUACUACUGGCUUAAGCCGGUGCCCGCCUUCAUCCCUAGGCAAGAGGCACAGAGUUCUGUUCCGCCCGGGCGCUGCCUCUUUAAACGAGCGCGUGGUUGAAGAAGGCGCUUGCCCAGCUCCCCUCUGCGCCUCGGAGGGCGGGUUCGAGCACGCGCAGUGCGCCGCCCUCCCGCCCUGCGCCGCCGCCGUCUCGCGCUCCUCCCUUUUGCGCGCGCUGCUCCGCCGCCGCCCCAUUGGCCGGGUCCUGUCAGCUGAUCCUGUGUUAUUUCCUGUGUGUGUGUGUGUGAGGGGAGAAUGGAGAGAGAAACCUCGGCACCACCACCGCGGAGCCGCCCCCGGCUCGACGCGGAUCCCCGCCGCCCCACGCGCCGCUGAGAAGCGCCGCCCGCUCCGCGCUCCCCCCCUAAGGGGGGGCGGGGGAGGACAGCGACGCUGAGGUAACGGCUUCGGUGCGUGUGGAGCCCUGUCGCGGGCCUCGGUGGAAGGGGCGGGGCGCGCGGCUGAGGCGGGGCGGGAGACGGGGAGACGGGUGCCCGGGCGGGCCGCAGCAUCCGCGCCCCUCCCCCAGCCGGGCUCUGGCGAUGGAUGCUUGGAGGAGGAAUGCCCGCGGGGGGGGGGUCGGAGUUGUGGGGAGAUCCUCAGGAAAUCCUGCGAUCUACCUUUGCUCCUUCUGCCCCGCACUUCCCUCCCUGCCUCCUUGCGUACAUUGCAUCUGAAAAAAGGAGAGGGAUGUCGGAGGGGAAGUGCGAUGUGGAGGGAGGGAAGGUGGUUAAAGCGGGGCAGGGGGAAUGGCUCCCCUUUGAAUACCUGCUGGGAUUUCAAUCCUCUGGUGGGACGAUGCUUUUCGAAGAAGUCGAAGGAAUCGUAGUCUCAUGGAGGGAUAGAGAAGGCAUCUUGGCUUCUUCCCUCAGUCAGUGUGAAGCAAACCGAAGGAGAUUCAGUUAGGCCCACUGUGGCUUCUCUCUUAUACAGUGUGUGCGUGCGUGCACGCGCGAUUGUUUUAAAAAAAGAGUAGACUAGGCAGGACUUCCAAAAAAUUGAAGUAUGAAUGAAAAAAUAAAUAAAAUUUUGACCUUCAUGGUGUUUUUUUAGGAUGUAAGCUCCUCUCCGGUUCAGCUGGUCCCUUGCUUUCUUUCAGUUCAUCUCUUAGGCAAACUGAUGGAAUUGACCACCUCAUGUCACUCUGAACAACAAACGUAAAGGUCUAGGUAGGGACUCAAAACAUUAAAUAUCUUAAAUGAGUUGGGAAUAAUAUUUCCUGAUGUUGUGCAUUAAUAUGAGCCAAAUUGAAUUGCAUGAAAUAUUUCUUGAUGGCUCUGUAGCAGUAAUUGCCUCACGCUCUCUUUUCCCUACUAACACACCAUCCACCUUUUUUCUUCAUAAGAGUCAACUGAGGUCGUUAGAGGGUAUGCUGUCACUUCUGGUAAAACCUAACUGGUGUUGUAGCCACUUACUGGAAGUAAGUGUCAUGAGUUAAUGCCUAGAAGAGUGAUAGCAAUGCUAUAUAUGGUGAGCAGUGUUAAAGUUAGGAAGACUUAAAUACUUCUAAUUAGUGUUGCCUUUGCCUGAUGUACUAGUUUUUUAAAAAACAAAAGUAUAAAUGUUCAUAUGUCCCCUAUAUCUAUGCUAUCCAGUACAAUCAUAAUUGUGAAUGACAACAAGGUAGUGUUUGGGCAGCAGGCUUGUAUUGCCCUCAGUAAUUAAACAAUGCUUUUUUGUGCAGUACAUUCUACUUUUUUAAAAAAGAAAGUAACAAACUCUUAGUUCCCUGGCUUCUGUAUUAGGUGGCAAGUAGUUCCAAAAAGGAAUCCAGAGCAUAUUUAACAAGCAUAGUAUAUAGUUUUGAAAUGGAUUGGGGACACCUGACUUUAAAUGCUGCUCUGCCGUGAAACUGAUGGUGGCAAUUGGUUCAUGGUCACCAUCUUUCAGCCUAAUCUGUGCCUGCAGAAUGGCUGUUGAGGAAAAAUGGAACAAUCCUGUUCAUUGACAUCCUGAGCUUCUUGAUAAAAGGGUGAGGUGACGUCACAUUUAUUUGUACCUUGUCUGGCUGCAUGUCCUCAAUUCAGUUUGCCAUGAAGUAUGUUUUCAUGGAAUUGGUCUAUGUUAGUCUCAUAUUAGAACAAUAUUUAGGUUUCUGUGAUAUAUGAAAUUAACCAUUUCAUUUUUGUGGGUGUGAGUGCUCUUUUAUUUUUAGUUUGUUAUCAGGAUAGUAAUAACUAUUUUAGUGCCUAUUAUUUUACUUGUAAAUAAAUAAAUCCUAGUUCUUAUUUUCUGAAGUUAAUACAUUUUGUUUGUCAAAAUGGAUAACAUUUUACUAUAAUAUAGUGCAGCUAGAUCUAUAUGGAAUCAGCUGUACACACUGCUGUACUUUAGUGGUCUCUAUAUCAGGCUAUUCUGACAUCUGCAGAUAGCAAGUCAGGGAACUGAGUGUUCCGGUGCAUUCUGAGCACCUCAUGAGCAUACUUGAUGUGAAGCUCUAAGGAAGUUGACCACACUUGACAGUAAAGAUUCCACCAACCUAAGGUACAGUUGUGCUUAUAUUCUGGGUUAAAAAUCCUCAGGCAACAAAUUGGUGCUCCUUUUCCUUUUGGUGUAUACAUAGAAGAGAAAUACAGUAAGCCUGCAACUUAUGCUCAUGUGGAGGGUGGACAGAGCCCACCUCCAACAGGCUCCUUGCACACUCCCUCCAUUGACUUGGCCGCUAGACCAACCCAUCUGCUGCUAUCCCUCAACUGCCAGGGCUCCGUACCUGCCGUGGGGGUGCCUCAUUGUGCCCCCUCAAAAAUGUGCACCUGAGGCCACUGCCCCCCACUAUGCCUUCAUCUUGCAUAGUAUGGUCUUCUCUGGUUGGCAGUGGUUCUAGGGUAUGAGGCAGAGAUGUCUGUGAGCACCUGAUCCUCUUACAUGCAGAUACCAGAUACUGAACCUGGACCCUUCUGCAUGUGAAGCAUGUACUCUACUGCUGAAUACCAAUUCUGAGUGCUGUGGUAUGUGAGCUUUCAUAUUUAAAUAGUUACGUCCUGUCACUACUGUAUCAGACUAGUUAGAGAAGUGUUCUAAUCUUCUCCUUAUGGGUUAUUGGGAGUUCUUUUGUCAUGGAGAGCAUUCAGACCUGUGAUCCUGUUGACAUCUAGAACUGGUUCAGUUCCAAGAAGGCUGUAUUAUGCUUUUCUGAAAUAUGCAUUUAAACUUUGAGACAUGCUGUUUAAUAUGGUUUUGUUAUUUUCCAAGGGAGUAUCAUUGCCUGUGUCUUGAUAGUCCUCUGUGUAACACAUAUAGAGUUCUACUACAGCUAUGUCUGUAAUCCUGUGCACACAUAACUAGGAAUAAGCUCCACUGAACAUAGCAAGAUUUCCUUCCAAGUAAAAUAUAUACAGUGGUGCCCCGCAAGACGACUGCCUCGCAAGACGGAAAACCCGCUAGACGAAAGGGUUUUCCGCUUUUGAGUUGCUUCGCAGGACGAAUUUCCCUAUGGGCUUGCUUCGCAAGACGAAAAUGUCUUGCGAGUCUUGAGAUUUUUUUCUCGCUCCCCCCCCUUUUUCUAAGCCGCUAAGCCUUUAAUAGCUUUUUAGCAGCUAAGCCACUAAGCCGAUAAGCCUUUAAUAACCGCUAAACCGCUAAUAGCGCUAAUCCGCUAAUAGGGUUGCUUCGCAAGACGAAAAAACCGCUAGACGAAGACACUCGCGGAACGGAUUAAUUUCGUCUUGCGAGGCACCACUGUACUGAUUGUAUGGUAAAUCUGCAAGAUCUUCCUCCCUUGCAAUAUUAGUCUGAAAGAGUUAGCAACGGAGGAAAUGUAUGGAAUAAUUUUGACAUAAACUGGAUACUACAUUGUGAUCAGUAGUCUAAAUAAAGGUAUUAAAGUUUUGACCGCUGAUUAUAUUCUAGUUAACAUAGUUGUUCAUUUGAAGAGAUGCAGCAUGUAAACAGCUCAAAUGAUACAAAACUGCACAGAGUUCUUUAAAUCUGGGUUUCUGGCCCACUAGGGCAGCUGUGUUAAAUUCACAUUAACCAGAAUCCCAGUUACGCAUAUUGCGUGACUAAAUGUAGUUGUCUGCUACUCACUAUACAGUGGUACCUCGGGUUAAGAACUUAAUUCGUUCCGGAGGUCUGUACUUAACCUGAAACUGUUCUUAACCUGAAGCACCACUUUAGCUAAUGGGGCCUUCUGCUGCUGCUGCGCCGCCGGAGCCCGAUUUCUGUUCUCAUCCUGAAGCAAAGUUCUUAACCUGAAGCACUAUUUCUGGGUUAGUGGAGUCUUUAACCUGAAGCGUAUGUAACCUGAGGUACCACUGUAUUGUCAUUGUGGAUAGUAUAGCAAAAUGAAACAUUAUUGAAAUUAUUAAAGUAGGUUGAUAUAAACAAUUGAAAUUUGUUAGUAUGUAUAGUGAAGUCAAAGUGGUUAUGUUCAUGAAUUGCUUAUUAAUAUGCAAUGUCUUUCUGUUAAUGCAUGCAAAGUAUCAAUUAUAUCAACUUAAUCAGUCCAAAUACAACCCAUUCCCAACCUCACAGCACCACCAAAGAGCAUGAACCAAAACUAUCCCAGGAAAAUAUCAGACUUUCACACCAAGAAUCUAUUUUUAACAUGCCAAAGGGAUAGAAGAGAGAAUUGUCUAUAGCCAUCAAUGGCAAAAUUAAGAAUUUAAUAGAGCUCGGAUUGGGCACAAAUGUGCAUACCAGGUUUGGAGGAACAAAAACUCAAUGGAGAAAAAACCCAAAAAACUCAGUGAGGACGUUGUAUUUAGUGGACAUGGGAUGCUGCUGGAAACCUGAACAGAAACCCUCUAUACUGCAACAUUUUGUUGUAGGCCUUUUUUUUGUAUUUCUAUUACUGCAUUAUCCUGUUAAGUGGCUUGUCUGUGUCAUGUGCAGCAGCUAAAAUACUGUUAGUGCUAAAUGUGUCACAUGUUUUCUUGACACAUCACACCCUUCUUGAACUCAUUCUAAAUGUUUCAAAAAGUAUGCUUUUUAAGAAUUUACAAAAGCUAGCUGUAUGUGCCAGGUGGCAUCAUGUUGGGGAUAGGUGUAAUGCAAAUAGUGGCCUGUUUCAGACAAUCAUUUUUCAACUUAGUAACCAGAUACAUAAACAAGCCAUUUUUCUACACAUAAAGCCCUUUUGUAGCAUUAGCAAUCAAAUGAGGAAGCCUCUUAUAAACCAUGAAUUAACCAUUUUGUUCACACGGACAAAAUCACUGUAGUUACUGGCUUUGGAACAGGCCAGGAUAUAAAACUGCAGUUUGAAGUUGGUUUGAUAUCCUGGCUUGUUCUAAAGCUGAUAACCAUAGUUGCCCAGUUUGCAUGAAAAACGAAAUAAUGGCUAAUGGGAGACUUCCUGGCUUGAUGCAUGUAUUGCAAAGGGCUGUGUGGGGGAGCAAAAGUCUUGUUUAUGGUUUAGUGUAUUAAGCCAAGGUAUGAUUGUUUGGACAUGGCCAACAGUGGAAAAUGUUUUAUGUUCUUAAGAUGUUUGGGCUAUUUACUCACAACAACAUGAACAGUAUAAACACUUCCUGGUGUACAUGGCUCAGGCCGGGGAGCUUAUGCCAUCAGCUCCCAGUUGGCCUAAGGCUAAGCGGAUUGUUACUACUUUUUAUCAUGUUUAUUUGUUUUAGUAUUUCAAAAUGGUAAACCAUCUUGAGUAUUUUGGCAAAAAGGUGGCAUAUGCAUACAACAAAAGAAUUUUUUAAAAAAUGAAUCUCCCAGAGAUCUUUUCAUAUCAGUGGACAGCUGUACAAAACAGCAAGUGGUGAAAUGACAGCUGUGGUAAAAAGUGAAAGCUUUACCUUUCGGUUUUGACUAAACCACAAUUUCUUGAUAUGUCUGAUCUCUAGCAACUCUGAUUUAUUCUAACUAAUUAGUUAAAGCAAACCAGGAUCAAACAGAGGUUUCAUAUCCUUGUUAACUAAGUAGAGGUAAUAUGCAGCUCUUAGUAGAGGUAAUAUGCAACUCAGCUCUGAUUUCAUAUGCAGCUGGAAGCUCUUACUUAGUCAAAGGUGGUGGAAGCAGAAGCAUUUACUCUUCUUUUGCAUGCAGAGGACCACAAGAGGAGAGGGUGAGAGCAUAAUACUAAGUCUUGCUGGAUCUUGUUCAUGAUUAUCAUAUUCUAAAGAACACUUUAGAUAAUCUGAACUGGGCCUUGGGGUUUUGCCUUCUUAUUUCUGAUUCUUUAGCUUCAUCAAAAGUGUCUCGGUUGGCUUUUACACUAAGAGGGCUGAUUGACAUUAUCUCUGUCACCAUGGGUAUAAAGAGGCUCAAUAUACCAUUCAGACAACCAUUCUCCUGCUUACCAUACUGCAAAUUAUCUUUUGAAUGUGUGUGUAGUCAUGUGCAAGAAUUGAAACUGGACUUAUGGUAAUGCACUUGGACCAUUGUUAUAUUGCCUUUUCAUCUAUAGGGACAUUACUACAUGCAGCUUCCCAAGGCGGUCAUGUAACUGUAGGCCUCAGUAAGUGACAUUUGAUGAACCGUUGAUCUAAUCCAUUUACUGCACUUCCUUCCUGGAAAGUUACUCACGUAAACAAGAUCACUUUGCUGUCUUUUCCUGCAUUGUGUGGAUAUUGUCACAAAUUCUGAAUAAGGAAGGGUAUGGCUUUCCUCACAAUGCCUUUCAUUCAUUUCACAAUACUUUUCAUUCUUUGAGGAUAUGGAUCAUCUUUGAGCAUUUAUAGUGUAGUAGUCAGAGUGUUGGACUGGGACCAGAAGACCUGGGUUCAAAUUCACACUUGGCCAUAAAGCUCAUUGGAAUACUGUGAGCCAGUAACCCUUCAUCUUUUGCAACAUUACAGGGGAGUUGUGUGAGGAUAAAAUGGAAGGGGAGAUGCUAUGUAUGCUGCUGCAAACACCUUAACAGAAAGACAGGAUUGAAAGUAGUAAAUUAAUAAACCAUUGAAGAACGACAUAUACAUUCUUUAGGGUCCAGGGGAGAGAAAAAGAUUGUUGCACCAACUCAAAUUAAUUUAAUCAGUACUUAGGAAGUAACUUGAUCAUACUACAGAAGUAUGCAUGAAAUAUGCACCUGAUGAUGAACACAUCUUUUUUAAAUAAAUUAUAUACCCGCCCUCGUCCCUUGCAGUAGGAAUAACAAUGUUGGAAUCCUUCAACAGGCAAAAGGUAAACUUGCCAUUUUAUGUGAAUGGCUUGUCCAUAUCAUGAGAUGAGGUGCAGUACAAAGCAUACCGGUAGUUACUAAAAAGUAAGUCACAUUCAGCUCCACAAUUCUUACUACCUAGUAAGUAUGACUUGAUUCCUGCAAGGCUUUUGACAAAGUCUCUCAUGAUAUUUGUCUUAAUAACAUUUUACCAGAUGGUAUGUUAGGUGGAUUUGAAGCUGGCCCAAAGAGUGUUCAGCAGUGGCUCCUUGUCAUCCUAUGUAUUUCUAUGUUGGGUACAGGGGAGUGGCCUUCCAUCCUCUGGCAACUCACUUUUUGGGCACAAAAGAGUUGGAGUGUUCUGAUCCUCCUCACCCAGCCUGUUUGUUUGCCUGCAUAUCCUCUGUCAGUGCAGCUUCAUAGCAAACUCUUCAACUUCUCUAGCCUAUGGAUAUGUUUUCACACCUGCAUGCUGUGCUGUUAUUCUUGUGAUACCUCACAAAGAACGUAAUUGUUAAGCAGAUAAAGUAAUUGGUCUGCUUUAAUUGUGCAUGUUGACUGCUAGUUGGAAUUAAUUAGUUUCAUUAGCAGCCAGCCCUUACUCUUUUAAUGUUCCAUACCUUAUUGCAACAACUAAGAAAUGAUGGUUCUUGGAGGAUUGACUUCUUUAAUACUGAUACUUACAUACUGAUUACUUUUACUAACUAAUGAACUGUUCUUAUAACACACUUAACUCCUGCUUUCUUAAACUGCAAAGAAAGGGAAUAAAAAAGCAGGAAAGCCCAUUGGAUUUCACUUUUCAUAAUACUUAAUAGGAAUUUUGGGGGGAGGAAUUUUAGGCCUCUCCCUGUGUCACCCCCAAACCAUUCCCCUUAAAGGAACACCACACAGUUGCAACUUAUCUGUCUCAUCUGCUGACAGCUUGCAACAAAUACUGUUUCUCUGCCAUGACUAUACAAAUGAAACCACAUUUAUAGCCUUUGUACACAAAUAUAAUCUGGAACCUGAAUUAAACACUUACCAAAUCACCAAAGGAAACAAAUUGAAAUGCAUUGCAUGCAAACAUCAUGGUGGAGUCACCUGUCUUACAGUUAUGGCAUUUGGUAAUUUAAAUUGGCAAAUUCACCUAAUUACAGACGAAUUCAUAUCUUCUCCUUUUACUUUGAUAGGUGCAUUGUUGUGACAAAGAGUGAUGUGUUUACCUGAGCUCAUUACUCAAAUUAUGAGAGGAAAAUAUAGACGAGGAAGUGCUUAAUGAAAUCCAGAACCCCCAAGUCCUUUCCCCCCAAUUUUAGCAAAAUUAUGCCCUCUCUGAAUAUAGCCUUCUAAAAACAGUCCCCUCACUUGUAAUUUUAGUACUGUCUGAUCUCUUCAUUAUCUUAAUUGACAUUUACAUGUGUGUUCUUUGUGUCUUUUGUUUUUCUUGCUCUAAGUGUUUACACUCAUCUGUAUAUGCCUGUUGGAAAAGAAAUCUAUGUAUUUUAAAUAUCUGCAGUUUCAUCAGUCCAAGCCUCUUGAUGUGGGAUGCUGUUGUGAACAGUACAGCAUUGCUGGUUUGGGAAAGCGUAUUUCUAUCAUCUCUCAUAACAAUUCCUCCAAACAAGAUGUUGAAAAGUUAGCUAGUAAAAUCUUAAGUACCCUUGUAACAUAAAACCAAGCUGACAUUCUGCUCUAGUUUCCUAGAUAGCAGGCCAAACUCCUGAUAAUAGGACAAGAAACCUAGAGGACGUUUUGAGUUUGAAAUUGCUACAAGUGAUUUUAAAUAUACAUUAAAAACUACUUAUUUUACUGGGAAAUAGGAAUUAUUUUGCUAAUUUAUUUUUCUCUUUUUCUCUUCUAGGCAGGUUGCUGAGCUGUCAGUCUGCAGCUGAACAGCAUGCAGUCCUUUCGAGAGCAAAGCAGUUACCACGGAAACCAGCAGAACUACCCACAGGAAGUGCAUGGUGCAUCCCGUCUAGAAGAAUUUAGCACCCGCCAGCAGGCUCAGAUGUUCCAGAGCUUUGGAGGAGGUGGCAGCAGCAGUGGGCGCCGUGGAGCAGCAGGCAGUUCUGCCUCAAUGGCUGGUGAGAGCUCUGGACAUCAGAGCUAUCAAAGUUUCAGAAAGGAAGCAGGAGAAUUCUAUUAUAUGGCCUCAAGUAAGGAUCCUGUGGCAGCCGGAGGGCAGCAGCUUCCUCAGCGCAGGCCUUCUGGGCCAGUACAGAGCUAUGGACCACCCCAAGGGAGCAGCUUUGGGAAUCAGUAUGGGAGUGAAGGUCAUGUGAGCCAGUUUCAAACGCAACACUCAUCCCUUAGUGGUGUGACCCAUUAUCAACAGGAUUAUACUGGUCCUUUCUCCCCUGGAAGUGCUCAGUACCAGCAGCAAAGUUCGAGCCAGCAGCAGCAACAGGUUCAGCAGAUGAGACAACAGCUCUACCAGUCUCAUCAGCCUUUGCCACAAGCCUCCAGCCAGUCUGCCUCCAGCACAUCUCAUAUGCAGCCAAUGCAGCGUCCUUCAACUCUGCCUUCCUCUGCUUCUGGCUAUCAGUUGCGAGUGGGUCAGUAUAGCCAACACUAUCAGCCUCCUGCUUCUUCCUCUUCUUCUUUUCCUUCUCCUCAGCGUUUUAGCCAAUCUGGGCAGAACUAUGAUGGCAGUUACAGUGUGAAUGCUGGUUCACAGUAUGAAGGACAUGCUGUUGGGUCGAGUUCGCAAACUUAUGGAACUCAGUCAAGCUACACCUUUCAGGCACAGCCAAUGAAGAACUUUGAACAGUCAAAGUUACCCCAAGGCAGUCAGCAGGCACAGGGACAGGCACAGCAGUCACAGCAGCAGCAGCAACAACAGCAGCAGCAGCAGCAGCCUCCCUCACAGCAUAUAAUGCAGUACUCAAAUACUGCCACCAAACUGUCUCUUCAGAGUCAAGUAGGUCAGUACAACCAGGCUGAGGUUCCUGUGAGAUCACCCAUGCAGUUCCACCAGAAUUUUAGUCCCAUAUCUAACCCCUCACCAGCUGCCUCUGUGGUUCAGUCCCCAAGCUGCAGCUCCACACCAUCUCCUCUCAUGGCAGGUGGUGAGAACCUUCAGUGUGGACAAAGCAACAUGCCUGUAGCCUCUAGAAACCGCAUUUUACAAAUGAUGCCUCAGCUUAGUCCAACACCAUCCAUGAUGCCAAGUCCCAAUGCUCAGGGUGGAGGAUUCAAGGGAUUUGGGCUUGAAGGACUGCAGGAAAAGAGGCUUACGGAUCCAGGACUAAGCAGCCUAAGUGCUUUAAGUAGUCAAGUGGCAAAUCUUCCCAAUACAGUCCAGCACAUGCUACUUUCAGAUGCUUUGGCACCUCAGAAGAAAAACUCCAAAAGAUCUUCACUAUCUAAAAAGGCUGAUAGCUGCACAAACUCAGAAGGCUCUUCCCAAGCAGAGGAACAGCUCAAGUCUCCUCUGGCAGAAUCAAUUGAUGGUGGCUGCUCCAGUAGUUCGGAGGACCAAGGCGAGAGGGUGAGACAACUGAGCGGUCAGAGUACCAGUUCUGAUACCACCUACAAGGGGGGUAAUUUAGAGAGAUCCCACCCAUCACCAACACAAGCAUCUCAAAAUGAGCCUCCAAAGCUCAGCACCAGCCCUGCAGAUGAGGAAGAAGUGGCCUCUCCUCCUGAUGAAAAGGAGGCCUUAGUUGCUGUGGAGACACCCCCGAAGGUCAAUGAAAAGGCAGUUGGUGUGAUAGUUUCCCGAGAAGCUAUGACGGGCAGAGUGGAAAAGUCAGGUGGGCAGGAUAAGCAGCAACAAGAUGAUGUUUCCACAGGUGCUCAAGCACCAUCUUCUGCCAGUGUGAUGAAAGACACUGGGAUUCUGGGACCACAGCAAGAGCCACAAGGAGGGAGUAAGGGGAGCAAAAGUGGGGACAGCAGCACUAACCACAACGGAGAUGGGAACGGACAGCUUGGUCAUGCUGUUGUUGGCUCCAGUUUUCCAGGCAGAACCGAGCCUUCAAAAUCCCCUGGUAGUUUGAGAUAUAGCUACAAAGACAAUAUUGGAGUUAGUAUGCAGAGAAAUGCUGGCAACUUCCCUCAGUAUCCUUCAGGUCAGGAUAAAGGGGAUUUUCCAGGACAUAGUGAGCGAAAGGGCAGGAAUGAGAAAUUUCCUAGUCUGUUGCAGGAAGUUUUGCAAGGCUAUCACCAUCACCCUGACAGAAGAUAUUCUAGAAAUGCACAAGAUCAUCAUGGGAUGACUGGAACUCUUGAGGGUACCAUGAGACCCAAUGUCCUGAUCAAUCAAGCCAAUGAAUUAAGUAAUAGAGGUCUUUUAAACAAAAGCAUAGGCUCUCUCUUGGAAAAUCCACACUGGAGCCACUGGGAUAGAAAGUCUAGUGGCACAACUUCUGAGAUGAAACAGAUAAAUCUAGCAGACUAUCCCAUGCCUCGAAAGUUUGAGAUAGAGUCCCAAUCCUCUGCUCAUGAAGGUGGAGGACUCUCUGAGAGGAGAUCAGUUAUUUGUGAUAUAUCACCCUUGAGGCAGAUUGCUAGAGAACCUGGCCCUCACUCUGUGGGACACAUGGGUCCUGAUGGCAGGAGUGGAAGGAGUGACCGUCUAACUCCUGGUCAGUCAGUCAUCCUUCCUGGUGGACUGGUGACCAUGGAACCAAAGCUAAAGUCUCACAGUGGGCAAAUCAAGGAAGAAGAUUUUGAACAGUCUAAGACCUCUGCCAGCCUCAACAAUAAAAAAUCUGGAGACCAUUGUCAUCUUGCAAGUUUUAAGCAUGAGUCUUACCGAGGCAAUGCUAGCCCAGGAGCUGCAGCUCUUGAUUCUGCAGCAGAGUACCUUUUGCAACAAGAUAGCCGAUCACAGCUCAGGCGAGGACCCGGCAGAAUGGGAAGCAGCCGAGAGGGAAUGAGAGGUAAAUCUCCCUCUCAGUUUCAUGAUCUGGCAGACAAAUUAAAGAUGUCACCAGGUAGAAGCAGAGGUCCAGGCACAGAUCUUCACCACAUGAAUCCACAUAUGGUGCUUUCUGACAGGGUGAACCGGGGUUCCUUACACUCUCCUUUCCCUCCAAAUUCUGAAAGCUCAUCAUUGGCUUCAGUUUAUCACACUAAUGCUCGAUCUCAUGCUUUUGGUGAUCCUAACCAGGGGCUGAAUUCCCAAUACCACUACAAAAGGCAGCUGUACCAGCAACAACAGGAAGAAUACAAAGAUUGGAGUAGCAGCUCUGCCCAGGGAGUGAUUGCAGCUGCUCAGCAUAGACAGGAGACAGCAAGAAAGAGUCCAAGGCAACAGCAGUUCUUGGACAGAGUAAGGAGUCCUUUGAAAAAUGACAAGGAUGGAAUGAUGUAUCUCCAUUCUGGUUCUUACCAUGAUGCUGUCAGCCAAGACACAAGCCGUUGCUUGUUAGGGAGUGAUGGGUCUCUUCAAAAUAAGUGUGCUGAAAUUAAACAUUUGAAUCAAAAGAUUCAGCAACAAGAAUCUGGUUGGGAUCUUUCCCGGCAGGUGACCACUGGGAAAAACAGUGGCUCUCUAGGAGCAACUAGUCAGAAGAGAUUUGCAUCUCAAGAUAGUGAUACACACAAGCGUGAAGAUGCUGGAGAUGUACUUAAAUCUGGCAAUGCCAUGGUAAGGAUUCCUGGCCAAGAAGAGCAGUCUUCUCAAAAUCCUUUAAUCAUGAGAAGGAGAGUCCGCUCUUUUAUCUCUCCUAUUCCCAGCAAGAGGCAGUUGCAGGAAAUGAAGAAUAGUGGCACUGAAGACAAAGGACGCCUGCUCACUUCAUCAAAGGAUGGAGCUGAUAAAACACUCAACUCCUAUGCCCAUUCUUCCCAAAGCCAAGAUGUUAGUAAGUCACUCUCAAAAGGAGAAUCUCCUAGGAAUCUUCCAAGUCCUGACAAUAGAAAUUGCUCUGCUGUUUCCCUCACAAGCCCAGCUAAAACAAAAAUUCUGCCUCCACGGAAGGGCCGUGGGUUAAAAUUGGAAGCUAUUGUUCAAAAAAUCACAUCCCCUAAUGUUCGGAGGAGUGCUUCUUCAAAUUGUGCUGAAUCUGGCCCAGAUGCAGUCACCCUUGAUGACAUUCUGUCACUGAAGAGUGGCCCACCAGAGGGUGGGAAUGUGUCCAAUCAUGGAAUGGAAGCAGAAAAUAUAAAAGAAGAAAUUGUGCUGGAUCAAGAGAGCCAAGAAUUGACUAGUGAAAUUUCUCUGACAAUAUCUUCUGAAGAAUGGCAUGCGGAUAGAGAUGAGGUAGUAAAAAAAGAGACACCUGAACUUGCAAGUGUUGUCAAGGAGGCCCCAGUGCCUACUGUGAUCCCAGCACCUUCACAAAAAUCUGUUUGUCAGGGAAGAACAGAUGGCUCACUAACUGGGGCAGGAUCUAUAAGCUUUUCCGAAUUAAAAACAGUCUCUCCAUCCAAAGUCUUGACUCCUGAACCAAAUCUAAAGUCUGAAGAGAAGGGUGGAGAUGCCGUCAUUGUGACACCCAAGCCAGAUCCUUUUCCUCCAAAGGGUUAUUUUCCUUCUGGUAAGAAGAAGGGGCGGCCUAUUGGUAGUGUUAACAAACAGAAGAAGCAGCAGCAGCAACAACAGCAGCCGCCGCCGCCGCCGCCUCCGCCUCAACAACAGUUGCUGCUUCCGCCACUUCCAUCAGUACCAGAAGCUCUGCAGCCAUCAGAGGAGGCAGGAGGUGGAGAACCUAAACCUAAGAGACAGCGAAGGGAGAGGAGGAAACCUACAGCACAGCCACGGAAGCGGAAGCCAAGACGAGCUGCUCCAAUUGUGGAGCCCCAGGAACCAGAGAUCAAACUGAAAUAUGCCACACAGUCUCUUGAUAAAACUGAUAACAAGAACAAGUCUUUUUUCCCUUAUAUUCAUGUAGUGAACAAGUGUGAGAUAGGUGCUGUAUGCACAAUAAUUAAUGCAGAGGAAGAGGAGCAGAAUAAGCUGGUGAGGGGCCGCAAAGGGCAGAGGUCAUCAACACCACCUCCCAGCAAUGUUGAGAGCAAAGUACUGCCUAUUUCCUCUUUCAUGCUACAGGGCCCUGUAGUAACAGAGUCCUCUGUCAUGGGCCACCUGGUUUGUUGCCUGUGUGGCAAGUGGGCCAGCUAUCGCAACAUGGGUGAUCUCUUUGGACCUUUCUAUCCCCAGGAUUAUGCGGCCACAUUGCCCAAGAAUCCCCCUCCCAAGAGGGCCACAGAAAUGCAGAAUAAAGUCAAAGUACGACAUAAAAGUGCGUCUAAUGGUUCCAAGACAGAUACGGAGGAGGAAGAAGAGCAGCAGCAGCAACAAAAGGAGCAGAGAAGCCUCACUGCCCACCCUCGCUUUAAGAGACGGCAUCGCUCAGAGGACUGUGCUGGGGCCUCUCGUUCCCUUUCGAGAGGCGCUGCUUGUAAAAAGGCAACCACUGAGGGUAGCAAUGUUGGUGAAAAAGCUCCUUUGGACUCUAAACCCCCCAUGUCCACUUCGGAAGGUGGUCCUGAGUUGGAGUUACAAAUUCCUGAACUACCUCUUGACAGCAAUGAAUUUUGGGUCCACGAGGGCUGUAUUCUCUGGGCCAAUGGGAUUUACCUGGUCUGUGGCAGGCUUUAUGGGCUGCAGGAAGCUGUGGAAAUAGCUAAAGAGAUGGUGAGUACCAUAAAUGAAUAAUGCUGUAAUGUUUCUUUUUCAGGCAGCUUGGUGUUUCCUGUGUUCCCGGUUUUAUUUCCUUCACUUAUGCCUUGGCAAUGGUGGUGCCAUUGUAAUUGUGUGGAUUAGGUAUGGCCUCACGGGUGGUGCUGUGGUCUAAACCAGAGAGCCUAGGGCUUGCCGAUCAGAAGGUCGGCGGUUCGAAUCCCCGCAGCGGGGUGAGCUCCCGUUACUCGGUCCCUGCUCCUGCCAUCCUAGCAGUUCGAAAGCACAUCAGAGUGUAAGUAGAUAAAUAGGUACCACUCUGGUGAGAAGGUAAACGGCAUUUCCGUGCGUUGCUCUGGUUCACCAGAAGCAGCUUAGUCAUGCUGGCCACAUGACCAGGAAGCUGCAGACAAACGCCAGCUCCCUCGGCCAGUAAAGCGAGAUGAACGCCGCAACCCCAGAGUCGUCCGCGACUGGACUUAAUGGUCAGGGGUCUCUUUACCUUUAUAUAUGUAACUGGAAUUUGCUCUCAACAUUACUUGUAGUAUAAUUUUAGACUGGCAUUUACAGAAUUGCCUUGUGCAUUGACUUCUGGUCCCUAUUAGGAAUAUUAGUGACUUUGUGUGGCCCGGGGGGGGGGGGGGUUGGGAGCCAAGGUACUAACUAUGGUUUUUAACCAAUAGGGCUAGCUAGCUGCCAAAAUAUGAUUAAUUGCAAGAACACAAUUCUAUUACCAUUUCUGUCUUUUAACAACUUUAUGCUUCUUGGACCCUAGUAUUUUCUUCUUUCCAUCACAGUGAAACUCGUCAGUUAUAUAUUUGUAGGGAAAGACUUGUAUCUGAUACAGAAAAUGGAAUGAGAGGUACACCUGCCGAAAGACAUCCUGAGGCAAUAGAAAGGCUUAGCUGAACUAGUUUCUAUUUUGUGUUGCCACCUGAGGUUAAGCUUCUGGCUUAAACAAGCUGAAAUUAAUUUUCGAUGCCCCAUACACAUAUUAGUGCUAUAUUUAAAAAAUUGUCUCCCCUGUUCCAAUAAUAGGCUUUUAUUUGUAUCAUCGCUUCAUUAUUUUCAGAUUAUACAAAAAAAGAAACAAAUAAUUUAAGCAAUUGAGGAUAGUGAAUAUGAUGGCUCAUAAAGGAAAUCAAAUGUUUCUAAGACUGUUAGGGUGCUAUUCAUUUAUAAUUUGGUUCUUGCUUUGAAUUCAACAUCAGCUUUGAUUUGAUCACCAGAAAGUUCUGCUACUUUAUUUUUAAACACAGACUAAAAAGUCUCACAUGUAAGUCAGACAUUCAGUAGCCUACAAACUGUUUUACUAGCUUGCCUUCUUCUACACAUUAUUGCUCAGGUUGUAACUGCAUUCUAGUUCUGAGCUCAGCCAUAUGCUAACGAGUGUAGGAGGGAAUGGGACUAUGAUAUGAUAUGGGACUAGUGCAAGUGAGGGCUCUCCAGGCUAACAGCAUGGGAUAGUGGAGAGAAGCAUGCAGGAACCCUUGGUACUCUCUUAGAUGCAAUUAUCAUGGAAGGUGAGUGGGAGAUUAUGGGGCAGGUUGUUGGAUCUGUUUCUGAGCUUUUCUAGAUAGUUAUCUGCCUAAGCGCAGUGUUAGAAAUUCACAUAAAAGGUAAAGGUACCCCUGACCGUUAGGUCCAGUCGCAGACGACUCUGGGGUUGUGCGCUCAUCUCGCUCUAUAGGCCGAGGGAGCCAGCAUUUGUCUGCAGACAGCUUCUGGGUCAUGUGGCCAGCAUGACAAAGCUGCUUCUGGUGAACCAGAGCAGCGCAUGGAAACGCCGUUUAUCUUCCUGCUGGGGAGGUACCUAUUUAUCUACUUGAUGUGCUUUUGAACUGCGAGGUGGGCAGGAGCAGGAACCGAGCAAAGGGAGCUCACCCCGUUGCGGGGAUUCAAACUGCUGACCUUCCGAUCGGCAAGCCCUAGGCCCUGUGGUUUAGACCACAGCGCCACCCAUGUAGAAACUCACAUAUAUAAGCUAAUUGACAAAUGGCACCUUAAUCUAGGUUACAGUCAUCACCACGGAAUGUCUGCUUGUGAUUUUUUCAAUGAAAUUAUUAUUGUUGUUAUUUUAUUCUUGUUAUACUUUUAUUUUUAUUCUUUUCUAUACUGCUUUAUAUUUUAAACACAUGAAAACAUCCAAUAAAACAAUCCAGAAUAAAACUGUGAAUGUAACACUAAGUGUAAGGUGGAUGGAGGUCUGGAGCCUUGAAAUGUAUGCAGUUUUACAUCCUUCUUCCUAACUGGUGCUUCUUUAAUGGCCUCAUUCUAUUGAGCCUAAAGCAUUCAACCUGAACUCCCUGCCUUUGGCAGAGAAGUGAUCAUGGCUCAGUGGUGCUAGUGAAGUGCUGGAUACGCUUUACUCUUGAAAUAAAUCAUCCACUGAAAAGGAAUGAGAUCUUCCAGGGCAUUUUUUUCUCUCGGGACAGUAAUCUCUCAUUAAUUUGAAUGUGAUCAACAGAUAAAAUCAUAUUCUUUAUCCCAUUGAAUCCAACUUACAUACUGAUAGGUAACCCAGCCUAGGUUUCAGCUGAACUGCACUACCAAAUAUUUUGUGCUUAGCAGAAUCAACAGGCACCUGAACCAUAACUUUGCUAGCAAUUUAAAAUGAAUCAUGAUAUGUGAAAUUCAGUCAUGCCACCUCUGCUGCUUCUUAGUCUUUGUGCCCCUAUCCCACUAAUUGCCAGGCUCACAGUGCUGCAGCGACAGCAGAAACCAUAACUGGUAGAAUGUCUUUGGGGGGACAUAGCAACCCUAUGCCCUCUUGGCUGCUCCCUUCCUUUCUGUGUAAAGUACCAUGGCCCUCCUGUCUCUAACCCUCCUUUUCCAACUCCACGUCCUUAUACCACCACUGCUUCCUCAGGCCACAGCUUGUCAGGUCACUGCCUACUCUGUUCCCCUUCCUUUCUCUAGCAUGUGUCUAGAUCAGGGGUUCCCAAACUGCAGUCCACAGACCACACAUGCUUCAUUCCAGUGAUCCAUGCUGUAAAUUGUGGCUGAAGACAACAGACGGCACAUCUAUAGCAUUAAAUAUUCAUAUUGAUUUUAAUUGUAUUUCUAUUGCUUAUUUUGUUUCUUAUAUAUUGUUUUUUUAUUGUAUUACAGCUUGAAUUCCAUAAAAUUGUAAGGCACAGUGUAUUAGUUGCUAAACAACAGGCAGAAAAAUCAUUAAGUCCACCAAGAUGCUCAGCCGUUUUCAAGUGGACUGUGGGUGGGAAGGUUGGAAACCAUGGUUUUAGAUCAUUCUCCCUCGUUCUCCUUCCAUCUCCCACAUAAAAUUCUACUCAUCUUAAGCCCUGUGACAUUCCUCCAGGGAUUGAAUUUCUCAUUGUUGCCCUUUCAUGCCUCAAUUCCCCCUCUCCUGCCCUACCUUUAGGUGGUUCCUCCUCCUUAUUUAUUAAAUGAAUUAGUUACUUUUUUCUAUGGGAACUCAAAGCGACUUACAACCCUUUAAUCCCAAAACAAAUCAAACACAUACAUUAAAAUCAGCAUUAAAAAAGACAAUUAUUAAAGUUUGUUCCCCACUGUGCACCUCAUACAGCUUUCUUGCUUUGGGACUCACUUUUGCUUCUCUACCUGGAAUCAACAAUUGGGGCCAAUUCACAUGCCACUGUGGAGGAGGGGUUGCACAGCCUCUUGGCUUUGUGAAGAUUUUUGGAGUGUUUUUAUUUGAGGAAUUCUGGUUCUUUUUGUUUAUAGGUAUUGCGGGAAUGCUUACAGGAUCGUUCUGAUUCAGUUAUAUGAAUAGUUGCAAGAUUAAGUGCCUCCACAGUCACGAAGGUUAUGUUCACAUAGGCAGUUUAGUUCUGGAACUCCUGUUUGACAUACUCCUACUAUUGUAGGGUUCUCACAGUUGCCUAGUACAGUAGUUACUUAGCUUUUAAUUAAUGCCAUAAAGUCCAGCUAUAGUGGGCUGUUUUCCCUGGGAUAAAGGCAAUUAUGUAAACUAAUUGGGUGGCAGUUAACCAAGUUUUACUCAGAGUAUACGUAAUUCCAUUGAAAUUAACGAACAUGACCAAGUUAGGUCAAUUAAUUUCAGUGGGUCUACUCUGAAUAUAAUUUAGUUGAAUACAAGACUUUGGGAAGAGAAUGUAACUACUUUUUCUAUCUGACCCUAAAUAGUUCAUGUCCUUUGCAAAAUUAGCAUCAUUUUUAUUUAGUGCAAGGGCAUCUGGGAUAGAUGCUGUUCUUCUCGGUGUGUGGGGGCUGAGCAAAGAGGAGCAGUAGUAGGUUACUCCUGUUUGAAGUGGUAAACUGUUUGAAGUACACAUGUUGUAGUUACUCCUGGAGUCAAAUGUUACUGUUUUUAAAAGAUCGGUGUAACUCUCCUUGAGGCUGAUUUUGCUGUUAUUCAUACCAAAUAAAGUAAAUUUCUCUAGGUGCUGUCAUUGAAUCUCCAGUCCUUUUAAUGCACAGAUUACAUAGAUAUAUUACGGCAAAUGUCCAAAAUUUGGAGAAGGAUAAUAUUCAGCUGUAAAUACACAUAAUCCCAGAUGAAUUCGGCAAAUGCCCCCAAACAAAUGCUUCUUCAGUUUUCAGGCCUAUAUUGGUGAACAAUGCCAACUAAAUUUAAGUUACUGUCAGCUAUUGGUGCAUCCCUGAAUUUUUCGACAUGUAGCCAGACUGGGCAGCUCCUUCCCAUUCCCCCCCCCCAUUGUUGAUGCAAGGGCUGGUGUAGAUUAGGUGGCUGUUUGGGGGCAUACAAGUAGAACAAGAGACGUAGGAACCUACAGACCCUAAUAAUGUUCCAUAGUUCUUUCCCCUGCUGAUCCCUCUGAAUGUCCCAUAUUGCCCCAGCUCCCCACGCCUGGUGGAAUGCCACCAGUGGGACAUACAUGCCUGCAGAGCUUUCUGUGGGUGUACCGAAGUGCUUUAGUGGCAUAAAUGCUGUUGUGUUGGCAGGCUGCCCACUCUGCCAGCCGAUCAGCACUUACAUUGCUUCCUAUAGCCCUUUAGCUGGCCUAAUGCCAACUUGUAGGAUUGUAGCCUUAAACUUGUUGUGGGGGGGAAUUUAACACUUAAUGACAUCCAGGAGUGUGCCAACUGCAGUGUGAUCCCAUUUGUACUAUAUAUAAAUUUAAGGUAUUUUUGUGUGAAAAUAUCCUAUCAAAGGAGAACUAGUCACUACAUUUGGGGUACAGGCAAAUUUAAAACCAGACUAUUCCAAGAUCUAUUGCUAAAUAAAACAUCAUCUUCCUUAUAUACCACCCCUCCAUAAGAAGAAAAGGUUCCUGAAAUCCGGUUUUAUCACUGCAUGAUAUAGAACAUAGGAAAAAUGGGUUUAAAGUACUUGAGGCAUAGUACAACAUGGGUGUUAGUGUUGAGAUACCAGUCAACUGAGCAGUCAAAUAUUUCAUGAAGCCAUGAAUUCUGUAUGUGAGUAGUGUGGCUUAAUUUUAUUGGGUAAUGUUUUUCAGCCUGAGGGCUAUAUUCCCUUGUGGAUUACCUUCUGUGGCUACUUGCCAACUGUGGGCUGAACCAAAGCCAGAAGUCGACAGGACAGCAUCCAUCCAUCCAGAUAUACACAUACAGGAUUUCCCCACCAACUUACUGUGCUUGUGCUCUUAAAAUACAUGUUGGGGUAUGUUUCUAUUGUGCAAAUGUCAGAUUUUGAUCUGAGGUAUGUAAAAUGCCAGAUAUGCAGCUCAGACAUAUAUAUGACAGAUACAAAGAUGCUCCCUUUUCUAUUCACUUCCUGUGUUUGAUUGGUUACACCCCUCCACCCACCCGAAUGUGGGGGGAAAUAAUGUAGGAAGGAUUCAUGUUUUUUCCUCCUUUGUUUUCAUUUGUACUGGAACAGGCAGGUGCAAGGAAUGGUCACUAGACCACAUGUGGGUAACCUGUGCCACCAUUUUUUACCCCUGCUACUAGAUUUGGUGCCAGUUCUUCUGCAAAAGCUGUGGCUGUGCCAAUAUUGUCGCUGAAACCUGUCACUAGUCUUGCUUCCAAAAGUAUUGCUGAAAAGUAUUUCUGAUUGCCCUCCAGUUGGCACAACAGAAUGAUUCCCUUGCCUUGUGCCCUGCCAGCCUCUGAAUGGUCUAUCCAGCUCUCUAAUCCAGCACCAGUUCCUGCUUCCAGCCACAGCUCACAGCGGUAGAGUGUUUGCUUGAUACACCAAGGUGUAUUAGGUGUGACAUUUCAAAAAGCCCAUUCCAUCUCCUUUCCCAGCAAGCAUGCCUGACAUCUGUUCUGGUUGAAUGGGAGCUUCUGUUAGCCAGCACACAAGGAGGGCAGUGGUGAGGCCUAGCUGAGGGUGGGAGAUCUCCAGGACCAAGCCUGGCCUUCCUCCCCAGGGCUGGUGGCUACUCUAGAUUGAAUCAAUAAAGCAAGAUCCUUAGAACUUUACUAUUUUGUGUGUAAGAAUCAUAUUGUUCCUCAGUUUGAUCUCCUCCAAGCCAUUUCUCCUCUAUUUGUCCCUGCCAUGUGUGGCAGAAACAGGUCACUGAAUGAGUGAAGGGGUGAUGGAUUGAUGUGUGUGUGUGUGUGAGAGAGAGAGAGAGAGAGAGAGAGAGAAUGAAUGAAUUAAUAGUUGAUUGAAGGGGAGAGGGAGAGAAGGGGAGACUCACCCAUACAUUUGGCUUUUGUGCCAGUAUGUGACCCUCACCAUUUUUCUGCAAGGGAGUGCCUGAAAAGGUUACCCAGCCUUCAUGAGAAAGAUAUGAGGCUAAGUGGAAUAUUUAUUACAGCUGGAACCUAAGAAUGCUUGUUUGGAAAUAGGUCCCAUUAGGUUUAGUGGGAUUUGCUUCUUAAUGCAGCAUGCUAUACACACUUACCUGGGAGUCUCAAAGUUGCUUCUCAGAAAACAUAUAUAGGAUUAUGCUGUAAAUUUGCUUAAAAUUGCAGUUGUGCAGACCAAUCCUAUGCAUGUUGAAUUUACUUCCAAGGAGAGGAACGUAUCUGGGGCUUUUUUGUCCUUUUUAAAUAGUGUCAUCCCAGUUUGCGUUGCUUUAGUCUAGUCGGUUGUCAUUAACUAGAGCAGAGCUUUCCAGACAUUUCAUGUUAGAGACACACUUUUUAGACAUUCAUCAUUCUGCGACACAGUAAUUCAGUUUUACUAGCAAACCAGAGGUUAAACUACCGUAUUUUUCGCACCAUAGGACGCACCAGACAAUAGGACGCACCUUGUUUUAGAGGGGGGAGAACAAGAAAAAAAAUUCUCCCCCUCUCUGCCCAGCGCCCCUUCAGCGAAGCGGCAGAAGGCACUGCGCAGAGAGGGGGAGAAUUUUCGCCCUCUUGUUUUCCCCCUCUAAAACAAGGUGCCGUUUAAGGUGCGUUCAGUCGCCUUCAGGCGGAUACCUUGGAAGCCUGGAGAGCGAGAGGGGUCGGUGCACACCGACCCUCUCGCUCUCCAGGCUUCAGGUUCUUUCGACCUGCUCUUUGGGGCUGGUGGGGGGAAGCCCACCACCAGCCCCAAAGAGCAGGUCGGGGAGCAGCGGAAAGGCGUGCAGCGGAGAGGCUGCUGCCAUAGUCGCGGGUCACCUCUCCAGCUGGGAGAGGGUCGCGGGGCUAUGGCUUCUUUAGCCCCGCGCGCGCUCUCCCGGCUGGAGAGGUGGCACGCAGCUAAAGAGGCUCCUGCCAUAGCCGCGGGUCACCUCUCCAGCCGGGAGAGGGUCGCAGGGCUAAGGCGUCUUCGCUCCAUAGGACGCACACACAUUUCCCCUUCAUUUUUGAAGGGGGAAAAGUGUGUCCUAUAGAGCGAAAAAUACAGUAACCCCUUUCCAGCCCCAGGAGGUGCAUGGGGAGCAUUCAUGAGACACACCUACACACUGCAGCAGACACACUAAUGUGUCGUGACACAUAGUUUGGAAAGCUCUGAACUAGGGACUAGUCUAGUUGAGCCUGUAAUAUAUGUUAAGCUCUGGCUCACUAAUGAGGGAACACACAAGAAUAGGUGUAGGUAACUAGCUUUCCACAUUGGCACCUGAACUCAGGGUAGCAGUCCCCACUUUUGUUAUGGAUUUAGGUGCAAGGAGAUAAGGCAUUCCUAACAAACUGAAAUACUUGGGAAUGAUAUGAAUUCAAGGCACUUGUUUCCUGUUUAACACUGGACAGCUUUAUAAAGAAGUAGCCUAGGAGCAUAAAUGGGGUGAGAUUUAUGUAAUACUGUAUAGGGUAGAGCUUCCAAUGUCCUAAAGGAAAACUCAAGCAUAUUAUUAAAGGAAAAUUCUUAUUUAAGAGACAAGUUAAUAUAAAAUUAGUCAUAUAAGAAAAUAGAACAAAGAAAAAUGUUAGCUAAUAUGCUGUCAUGGCUCUUAGAUAUUCACAAUUUAGACUGUACUCUGAUAUACAUGGUUGAAAACAAUACAAUUUAUUUCUUAAUGUCCCAUAAUUUCCUCAUACAUUGUAAAUAUUAAUGAUUACAGCAGGAGAACAUGGCAUUAUUUAUUAGAACAUGCAGUCUCCCUUACACAGAAUCUAGUGAAAAGCAAAUUUAGUCUCACAGGGUCAGGGAAUUUUCAGAUAGAAUGACAUCAUUAACAUGUGCUAAUCAAAGGGUAUUACAUUACAGUGGUGUAAGUGAUGGGAGUAAAUUUCUGUUACCUUUGGGCACUUCUCUGUGGGAAUGUCUAGGCUGGCCUCCCAAUGGAAGACAAUGCUACUGAAUCAGAUUUGCACACAUUAAGAAUUCCAUCUCUGUAUUCCCUGCAUUUAACUUAAGGAGACGAAGUGGGCAGGCCUCCCAGUGGAAGGUACUGACUGGUAAUUACAUUUGUGUUUGUAAAAAUAAGCAAAGAGUUCCAUAUAUUUAUUUCCUGUGCCUUAUCUUAAGGGAAAGGACAAUGCAGAAAUGUUCUAACCAGCUGGAUAAAGUUGGGUUAAAGGUAAAGGUAAAUGUACCCCUGCCCGUACGGGCCAGUCUUGCCAGACUCUAGGGUUGUGCGCUCAUCUCACUCUAUAGGCCGGGAGCCAGCGCUGUCCGCAGACACUUCUGGGUCACGUGGCCAGCGUGACAAGCUGCAUCUGGACUACUACAACUCCCAUCAGCCCUGACCAUUGGCCAUGCUGGCUGGGACAGAUGAGAUUGUCAGUUUGCAAGCCCCCUCCACAGAGGCUGGCCCCUCUCACAGUUCUCGGAGCUUGCUUACCGGUAACCUCCUCUGGCUGACUUCCCGGACAGACAGGGAGAUAUUGAUAGGCGACAUUUUCCCAAGCGUGGGUAAAAUGCACACCCCCUCCUCCUGCUUCCGCAGGGGAAAGAAAAGUAGUCAGAAAUCUAUUUACAUGUUUAUUUCUGACAUUACAGCACUACAGAAAAACACGUCCUUUCAGUUCAGUUCUUCCAGCACGUCUAACAAACUUCCUGAACAUGCGCAAAUGGAAGGUUUCAAAUUACACUCCUCACAGAGCCUUUCCCAGCCUGUGAACUUCCUGGGAAAUUCUUCUUUCCCACAGAUAGGCGCAUCAUGUGAUGUCAACAAUCUGGCUGUUUGCAGCUGCGAUGUUUCCAUAUACUGACAGAGAUUUGUAGGCAGUGAGCUGGGGAAAGUUGAAUGAGACCUUUCAGCUGAUUGGGAUCUGCAGGUGUCACUCAAAAAAUCAUCAGUCUUAGGUGGAAGAAUUAAAUUUAACAAGAUAUUUAUGGGUGUAGGAAUUCAUACUCUAAUAAAGUGAGGCCUUGUCAAAAAAAAGUUGCAGUGUGUAUACUCAGGAUCCCAGCCAUGUUUCAAUUUCCCUCCUCAACUAUCAGUCAAAAUUUUGUGUUUGCUGAGCAUGCUCAGUCAUUUAUUUUGUUUGUGGGUGUGGGGUAACCUCACUGGUGCUCAUUCUCAGCUAUCAUGGACAUGACAUAUAAAAACAGGUCCUCAGUGAGACCAGGAAAUUACCUGUUCAAAGGAAUAAGCCAAACCAUGGCUUAAUGCAAAUAUGUAGGCUCCGAAGAGAAGAUUGUGGCUGCUUUACUCUUCCCUGGCCAUUUUGCUGUUUUGCUUCCCUGUCAUCCAGAGAAUUCAUAGUUUAGCCCUCCUGGACAAAUCAUAAGCCAUAGAAUAUAGGAAAACCUUGGUUACAGCUUUAAGCUGCAGGGAGCUAAACCAUAAGCCCAAAUUCCAAUGACACACUGAGCCAGGCCAUGCACGCACAUUUGCCCUAAACCAUAGUUUUGCUUAGAAUGCCAUGUGACCCAGGCCAAUAAGAUGGUGCCCCUCUGUCCUUUUCCAGCCAUUUGAUUCCAUCCCCCGCCCUGCCCCCCAUUAUUUCACACACACCCUCCCCCGAGUAAGCAUGCAUUCUGUGAACACUGAGCUAGCUCAAUCCUAAUUGGGCCACUUUCUUGGGGUUUUGUUCUUUUACAGUUUUUUCCAAAAUAUGUUUCCGUACUUAUGCAAAUGUUAAUUAGAUUACUGCAUGUGUGGGUGGUGUGCUUUUGGCUACAUAAGCAGCAGCACUAGGGGAGUGGAACUGGAAGUAGCAUAUAGUAUACAUGUGGGGCCUUACAAACAAAAUUAUGUGUGUGUGUGUGUGCGAGAGAGAGAGAGAGAGAGAGAACGAACUUUCAAAGCAAGAGAGUAAGUGUUGAGGGUCUAUAUCUCUAUAUCUGUGUCAUUUCCAGCCACUCCAUUCUCCCCACCACCCCAAUUUUUCAUUUCACACGCCCCUCAACUGCCAACCAGCAUUCUGUGGGUAUUAAAUAUGCAUAGACCUUAUUAGGUUGGUGGGUUUUUAAGGUUUUUUUGUGCCUGGCUGUUGCCAUUUUAGUUACAUAAGCAGGGAAUUGUAUAGGAAUUAGGCAUGAUGAUGCCUAAAAUGGCACCUUGAGCAAUCAGUUAGUUACCUGAGACAAGGCAGGCUAAUUCGUCUAUUCUAUCAGAGUAGCAAGGUCAGUGGCAGCCAGGAUACCAUAACUCCCUGCCAGCACAGAUAAGGGAGAUGUAAUAACUGUGGUGAGUGCAGAGGAACAGAAAGCAAAAGUAAGAAGAGAAGGGAAAUCUAGGAGAGUGUUGCAAGAAAAUGAUUAGAUCAUUAGAUGAAGGGAGAAGCUAAUAACCAUUAGGAGGGAUAUUUACAGCUUGUAACACAUUGUACUGGUGAGUGUUUAGAUAGUUUUUGUAUAUCAACAUACUUUCUUACCACACCAGCUAAAAAUAAAUAUAGAAAAGUUGCAGGCUAUGGUUUAUAUUCUGGGUCAAUGGACCGCAAUAAAGCUGUGGGUGUGGUUUUAUUACUAAUCUUACAAAGGCAUGUGUGUGUUCAGCCAUACCUCUGUUUUCUCCUUUUCUAGAAAAUGGGAGUCUCUCUUGCAGAGUUAGAAAGAUCUUACAUUCAGACAUCUUCUAAUGUAUUUGGUACCUUUUCCUUGCAAUGAGGAAUGGUUUUACUUGGGGUAGAAUACCAGCAGUCAAGUACCAACAAUAACAGGCCCUGAGUUUCUUUAAUUUCCUGCAUUGUGCUUCUCUUUGCCAAAUCCAAGGUUUAUUGUUACUGAAUCUCGAUGGAUUUAUCAGUUAUCAGUCUCAGAACACAGAAAAUGCAUGGUCUCUAAGUAGCCAGUUGACUUUUCUUUGGCUUUUUCUGCUUGGCUUAAUACUGAGUUAUUUCACUAACAGACAAUCAGCUUUUUGGAAAUGGGUGAGUGUAGUACUGCUUUUAUAUAUACUGUAAACUUCCUGUUUCCUUAAGGGAUUAAUUUGGCAACAUGUACUCUGAUUUUCAGAGAAAUUAAAAUAGAUUUUAAGCAUAUGAGGCAAGGAUCUUGGAUGGUAAGUCAUGUGAUAAUUGAUGACAGCAAUUUCACACAUUCAGGUCAACCAGUGAUAACUGUAAUUAUCACAUGAAUAACAUACUAUGCAAACUCAUGCUAUGAAGAAGAAUUUCUGGCUCUCAAAGCUUUAGCAUUCAGACCUUCCCCUGCAGAAAUCAAAGUUUGAAUUAAUGUAUUUUCAGUAGUGCCUUCCAAAACUGCCUUCAGGGAGAAUGUGCUGGAACCAUCAAGAGGUAAAUGUUUCUUCCUGCCUUGCCCCAUCCCCUUGCCUGAGACCCUUGAAGGAGGACCUGUUGCUUAAAUAUUUACUAUAGAUCUCUCUCAUAUCUUUCUGGGGACUUCUCUUUGCCUUUUUGGCAGGAACAGGAAUGCAUUUAGUUUUUAAUAUUUUUGAAACGUUAAGAUUUUGUUCCAAAUUUUGUAAAGUCCCCUUUUUUGGUGCUUCAAUGUGUUGUUGCCAGGGGGUGGGGUUUUUUUGGCUGGAAGGUGGCAUAUAAAUAGUUACAGUAACAAUAACAUUAAAGAUGGGGCAACAAAGGUAUUGACCAAUAUUCUGUAUUUGGGGGAUAGCGAGUGAAAGAUGGAAUACUUCCUUCAAGUAAUUUCUCUGUUGAUGGAAGGAAUAAGAGCAAUAGACUGUAGGUCUGGGAUAUCUGGGAUACCUGUUGUUCUUUGUCCUGCUCCCAAUCCUUGAUUAACUUUUAAUAUUCCAAAUCCCAAAUGUUACACUCUAAAUGUCCAGAGUGUAGAAAUAAUUGUCCUGGACAACUCUGUUUCCUUAUCACUUCAGUGUCCAGAAAUAAUUGCCUGGACAACUCUGUUUCCUUAUCACUUCAGGAAUGUUAUGUUCAUAUCAGUCUAUAAUUCUGCCAUAUAGAACCUCUUCAUGAUAUCUGUAUCUUGUGAAUGAACUCAGCACCCCCUCUUUUUUGAAAUAAAUUCUGCUUUCAUGGCCCUUUCCAGAUGACAUUUAAUGCAGUAGUGUUUCAGCUUGGGGAAAAUAGCAUUUUAUCAGCAGGAGUUAAUUGUGGUGGACAAGUCAAUAGAUGUAUGUAUGUAUGUGCUUCAAAUUACAGUUAUGCAUUGUGUUCUGUAAUGCAUACCUGUUAAAUAUAUAGCAUAUGAAGCACUCUAGCUGACUUGCAUAUUUUGCUACUGAAAUGUAUUAUAAGGAAGAGGCCUGUUAACCAGUUAUCUAUUCUCUUACUUUUGCCCCCCUUUAUGGAGUUCUUGCCAAAGCACUUUCAGUACUUUUAGAGCAGAAAGGCUAAGUCUGAUCACAGUGUGAAGUUUCUUUUCUCUGUAGAAUCCGUGGCUGUAAUACUGUAUGCUGUAAGGAGAUUCCUAAACCAAAGAAGGGAAACUCCUUGGCUUAAUUCAGUGUUUUGCAUUUCAAGAAGGUUGCUGCCAUCUGCUGUCACUUUAGAUGUAGGACAGUUUGUAAAAUUAAACAUGGGUAGAUAGGGGGUAGGUGUAAUAUUAUAGGUAUUGUAUUACAGUUGACUCGCAUCUUACAUACGGGUUUUGUUCCAGGGAUAUUGUGUAAAGUUGAAGUCACAUAUAGUCAAAACAACCCUUAAAAACCAGAAAGUGGCCCGUAAAAACAUAGUGCAGCAUUUACCGGUGCACAACAAGUGAUCUUGUUAUCUGCCUGACUUGCUGGGCUCUAGCAGGCUCUUUUGAGGUUGUCUGAUCUUGCGAGAGCCUCCCAGAGCCCAGUAAGCACUCUGUGUCUUCUGUGCAUUUAAUUUGUGCAAUUUCAACUGGCCAGUCUUCAACAGCAUAAGGUUGAAACUGCACAUGUUAAACACAUGUAGGUUGCAAGUCAACUGUAUUUAUUUGUAAAACUUCUAUCCCACUUUUCUUUCCUAAAAUAAAAUCAAAGACAGGUAACAAUCCAAGUAAUUAAAAGCAAUCCAGAAGCACAGUAAAACAACAAUAACAAUUAGCAAUAAACCCAAACCUAAACCAACAGACAGUAAUAACAGCAAUACCAGUAAUCAAAAGCAUAGCAAGGAGUUACAAAUUACAGUACCCACUAUCAAAAGCUUCCUGUAAUAGCCAUGUUUUCACCAGGUGGUAAUGGGAAAGGCAAUCUGACGUUUGCUGUAAUGAGUCCCAAAAUGUGAAUCAAUAAGAAACACAUUCCAGAUUACCAGCCUCUUUCCUCACAGUUUAAAAAGGGCUCAGACACACCCUCCAAGAACUCUACUGUUGGUUCCCUAGGGUAUCUAUUUUGCUCCUCUGCUUUGAUUAAGGAACUUCAAUUGUAUUGGUGUGGUGUUUUUUUUUUUGUAAUAAAUCUCAAUUGUUAAUUGCCUGGGGUAUGCAGGUGAAAGUUCACAUCUAGCUCAGUUGUUAUUGAAAUAUUGUUUCUGGGAAUAAUAGGCACUUCCACUCAGAAACCAUUACUUUGAAAGAUACCCUACAAGCUGAGUAGAUUUUUAAAAGUUUCCUAGGAAACAUUUGGUUGAAGCAUAGGAUGAAGGAUUGAGCCUAUGCAAGAAGAGAUUUGAAACUGUGGAGGCUCCUUAGCAUACUCAGAAAAAUUGCCUAUUACCUCUAAAUAAAAAUCUUUGAAAGCCUGUUCACACUUGUUGACUACACUACUCCAUCAGGUGAUGAUUUAUAUAUGUGAAUAAGCCACUACAGAUAGAGCACUCAUAUAAACUCAGAUGCUAUUAUUUCCAGUAGUGUCAGAUCGCAUACUGAGCAGCAAGUUAUUGCGUGCAGUAUGACCAGUGAGGGCUUGGCUCAUCAUUAAUUUUGGUGCCCCUUAUUGUGUUGAGCAUCACAACUCAAAUAUUACAAAGGUCCUUCGUGGAAAUGCAUCUCUCUGUUUCUGUACUUUCUCAGUGGUAUUGUGUAAUGUUGAAAAAUUGUUAUUAGAGGAAUCUUUCUCUAAGUCAUUUUUAGUAGACUUGUAGUUCGGCGUAGUGUUAGAGACAUAAACAAUGUAACAACACAUUAGACUCGUUUGGGAUCAUCAAACCCUUCUUUACCCAUGAAGCUGAGCUUAGAUAAGCUGUUACAUUCCACUUCAGUGUUUCUGAUUCUUGCUGUAUUGUGGGGUCAUGAAGCUAGGUACACAGUGAAAAAUGGUUCAGAUAGUCUGUUGCCUGGGCAAGCAACAGUCUCCUCAGUGUGUAGUUUGCCUACCACUGCUUCUGCUGACCUCUUCCUGUCAUCUUGUAUGCCCUUUGGUCUGUUUCACAUCUCUAGAUGUAUCACAUUAGAAUGACAGCUAAUUGUGAUGUCAUAGUGUUUUUCUUUCUUUAUCCACAUUAGUAUUUAGAAGUACCCCUUAGUAACCAGUGCUUAGCAUGCUAAGGCAAUAUUUUUAUUUAGUGUGAAGUGGUUCUGUGGUCUUUAUAGUUUAUGUACAUCCUGUUUGCAUAUUUUUUAAAAUUUUGCUACAUACGCUGUAUUUUUUUUUUAAAAAAACCGCAUAAUUUACUGCUUAGUAUAACAAAAGGACAGGUAUCGUGUAGAAGGGAGAAUUACAUUUUUAGCCUGUCAAUUCUUUUAGACUUAUGGGCUCAAUUUAAAAUGCUGGGUUUGAUCUGUAAUGCAUUUUGUAUCUUAGGACCUCCAUACCUAUUCCUAUAUGAACCUAAUCAGACCUGGAUCUGUGUGCUUUCUCUAGAGGGAUGUGUGGAGGGUGGCAGCAUGAGAACAGGCCAUCUCAGUGGUGGCUUCUCAUUUGUAGAAUGCUCUUCCCAGGGAAGCAUGCCUGACACCAUCAUUGCUUGCUUGUUGGUGCCAAGCUAGAUCUAUUUACUCAGACCUUUGAUUUUUACUUGGGAGGUUAGUGAGUUAUGGGUUGUUUUACUUUUUAGUGCUCAUCUUUAGGGGAAGGUUAAGAUUUGCCCUUUUAUAAACACAGUAUUAAUGUUGUUUUUUUGCUGUGUUGCUUUAUGAUACUUAUCUCUGUGCAAAGAGCAAUGGAUAAAUAAAAUAUAACCCAUGCAUACAGUAUAUAUUUAACUUGUUUAGAUAACAGUGUCCUGGGUUCCUUCAGGAGGAAGGAUGGGAUAAACAUUGAAUGAAUAAAUGGAUAUCUGCCUAAUUUUUUGUUUCUGUCGCUGCUCCCUAAUAUGAUGGUGUCUAGGUAUCUGCUAUUGACCCUUUGUGAUCCCUUACCCCACAUUUUGGUUUUUGGAUCAGUUGUAGGUAGUUUGAAGAGGAAGAACUUUCCUCAAGGUACUUGUCAGGAUGUAUUGAAAGUUGGUACCUGUUGUGCUUGCUGUUCAUAGUUAGCCUUGUGAGAUUCUCAAUUUGCACCACAUAAUGCUGUUUGAUUAUGGCUCACUUAGGGCAGAACAUUUUAGAGCCAUGAAACUGUAGCACUCCUGUUGCUGUCAUAAAUUCUGAUUGUGGCACAAUGUUGCUUGCUUUGCAAAACUUUGAAUAGGGCUGGCAGGCUACAGUGUUUGCUACAGUUGUUGCAUAGGGAUCAAAACCUUUGGCCCCUAGACUAUUGGCCAUGCUGGUUGGGAUUAAUAGGCGUUUGAGACCAACAAUUUCUGGAAGGUUCCUGACCCCCAGUCUAGUAGUUUCCAAAAAAUUAAAAAAUAAAAAAUUCCUCACAUUUAAUUUCAAAAGAAGAUUUAAAAUAAAAAUCAUUGCACUGCUGGAGAGACUGCAGACAGUCAUGUACCUGUUUUCAUAUGCAGAGGCGAACUAUACAAAUUAAGCAGAUAAAUAAAUAUGGGGAAAGCAAAAUGUUACUUAGAGAAGGAUCUGAAAUACUUUCCUUGAAACUUGAAUUUGUUUUAUUCUGGGUUGUUUUAUUUCAUGUUUUGUGUUGUAAACAACUUUGAGAUUUUUUUUCUUUAAAACAUAAAGCGGCACAGAAAUGAAUAAUGAUGAUGAUGACAACGAUAAUGAUAAUGAAUUCCACCACAAAAAAAGACUCAUAGACAUUCCGGCGACUGUAACCUAGGUUAAAAGUGCCAUUUGGCGAUUCGCUUAAAUAUCUGAGUUUCUAAUACUGCAUGUUGUUGUCGGGAUCUGCCUGUCUCAGGAGUGCUUUUUGGGGUGAAGUCAAACUGUUGGAAGGUUACAGCGCCUGCUGUAGCUGUAGAGACCAAUACUGGGUAAAAGGUAACUGGCAACUACUGGCCAUACACACUGUGGAUGACUGUAAACAAAAAAAGAGAUCAUUCCAGUCAUAAGGGAAGAACAAGUGUUUUAGAGAACAACAUAGAUACAACCAGUGCAUUUUACUAUACAUUAGUUAUUUGUUUAUGUUGUUACAUACUGUUUCAUUAUUGUUACGAAAGCAAAUACUUAAAAAAGAAAGUCUAUCCCGGUUGCUGGGAUUGAUGAAAGAGGUUAGUGCAAUGCACAAGCUACCAGGUGGGAGGAAGUCGAAGAUAGUUGUCACUCUCAAGUUGUGGUGCUUGGAAAUUAAAUGUCAAAAUCUCUGAUAUAAGGCAAGGGUUAGGUCGCUUCAUUUCUGGAAAUGUUCCUUUUCUUUUUGCCAAGAUUGUGGAGCCUUGUGCCCUAUUCAUUCUUGAAAGAAACAGAUGGCUUCAGGUCCCAGGAGGUGGAGAAGCUGGAGCUAUUAUGGUGCUCGUAGACUGGAAAGCAGCAGCAUCUGUCAGAUUGGAGACUUGUUUGACAGCAGGGAAGCUGGCAGCAGUAGCAGAUGAGUUCUGCCGGGCACAGUUGGUGGAGCUAUAGUUCAGUAGAAAGUACAUUUGUGUAGGUGGUUGAGGGUAAUCCUAGUAAUCACGCAAAUGGGACUUUUAUUCCUGAGGCUAAUUGCUGCACUGGGGGAGUGAUUUUUGGAAGUGACAGCUGGGGAGAGAAGGGUUAGCCUUCCCCAAGUGUCAGCACCCCUGAAAAUUGUAAACACCCUCUGUGGUAAACAGGCUCAGAAAAAAGCUCCUAUUCAUAUGAACAGGAUCUUUUUUCAAAACCAGAAAUUGGUUUGGGGGGGGGGGAGAAGUAGAGGCAAAGUUUAAAUAACUGUGUAUUGAGAGUAGAGGGCCUUCAGGCUAAAAAAUCUUUCCCACUCCUGUUCUAAUCGACUUUUUUAUAAUUAAUUUUUAUUAAUUUUCCAAUAUUUACCUAAUAUUACCACAGUUUUGCCAGUUAUACAGAUUUCAAUUAAUAUCAAGAUAAUUCCAAUUAUUUCCAAAUUUAUCCAAUUUAAUCAAAGUGGUUUCUCACGCUCCUUGAUCAGUGUUUUUUAUCCAGUUCUUGUAUUGCUGCAGUUCAUAUUUUUAUUAACAUCUAAUUACAUUUCAGUUGGAAUAUUAAUCCUUAAGAUAACAGCUGCAUUUUUAGAGAUUACUAUUCAUGUUAAUACCUUAUCUAACUUUCCAUAGGAUUUCAAAUGAGGUGCUCUUAUUAUUUUCCUUUUCUCUGCAUGUGUCAGCCUGAAUAUGUCCAAUUAUAAAGUCCUUAGCCUUUAUCUGCUGUCCCAUUCUUGAAAUUCCUCCAAUUGCUGUGAUCUCUCAGCAUAGCUGGGGUGGGGCUAUUCCUGGGGAAUUCUCAAAAUAUCUCAUUAGUUCCCUCCCAUCGUGCUUUCAUCUUGCUUGGUGUUUCUGGACAAUAACAUAAUCCAACAGUCCACUCUUUCUCACUACUCAAUCACCAUCUAGAAAUUUUCACAGCCCAAGAAAGAGGGAUCCAGCUUCCGCUGCAGGGGAUCUUGGAGUACUUUCAUUUCAAUUAAUGACCAUCAGAGUCUCCAUGGCUCCAAAUUCCUUUCAUCUUUACAACUGCAUUUUGGCCAAAGUCCACUUAAGUUGUAUCUCUUAUCUGUUGUUUUUAAGGGGGGGGGGUAGAGAUGGUAUCCACUCUAAUUUUCCAAGAUAAUUAAUUCCAGUAUUAGAGCUGUCCCCAUCUCUUUAAACCACACACAGCUAACUGUUCUUUUAAUCACUAGUUUUAUUUCAUACUGCAAUCCAACUUCAUUUUGUAUCUUUAAAAUUUUAUGUCUGGAGAGGGUUGCCGAAUCAUUAAUAAGGAAACUCAAAGUAAACAGGAAACUGGAGGCUUCCCUCUCCGCUAUCUACCGCCCACACCGAAUAAAAUCUCUUUCUCAGUUCCAAAUCUCAGAUCAAUGCAACUGGGUAAUUCCGCAGUUCUGAUGACAACAUCUUCUCUCAGAGCGUGCCUGACUUUAAAGCCAAUUAAAAAUCCAGUUAGCAGAAGAACCUCUGCUUCUUAAUGGGGACGUGGGAGGGUUUUCACCAGACGAAUUGCUUUUACACUCAGUGCCUCCCUGCCCUCUGCUUUCCAUGCUGGAGCGAGAGCCAGGUACUGAGACGGACUGCGAGUUAAUCCCGUUCCUCCCUUUCCUGGGAGGAAUUUCCAAGAAUGAUUUACCCUCUACCACUCUUGUUUUUCCCCGCCUUCAAUCCCUGCAAUGUUGUGGGGGCUGCCUCCAUUAAGGCAGAUCGGAACCGGAAACCCGCUAAUGGACGUAGAGAUGUAGUUCUUACAAUAAUGUGAGCAAGGGAUGAGGACAAGGACACCAAAUACUAGGAGCCCAGGUCACUCUAGCUCCCCCAAUAAAACAUUUGAGGGGGCAAGUUAAUGGGCACUGAACCUUCAUUGUGAAAGUGCCUCAGAGGAACACAGCUGCUGCCUGGCACUGGCUCACACGCUCCCCAGCUACACUCCCUCUCCUGCCUACCGCCACUCUGUUGCCAGGCUUGGGGGCAGGGACUGAUGCCAAAGGAGGUAAAUGGACUGUGUGUGCCGUGUCUUGUGAUUAGAGAGGCUGCAAAGUCUAAGGUGCAUAGGAUCGGGGCGGGGCCUUACCUACCCACCCUCCAAUAUUUUAUGCAAGUUGGUGCCCCUGGAUGAGACAAAUAAAGUGCUAGGUAAACAAGCACACAAACAGUAUUGUGAGAAGAUAGUGUGUCAGAAUGAAUAAUCAUCCGUGUGUUUGCAGUAUUUACAAAUACUUAUUAUUAAAUAAUACCCAGUUGAAAACUUUUAGGCAUCGAGGGCGUUAGGCUAUAGGGCUUGGGAAUAGGAGAAGCUGUGAGCUGUGGACAACUGAGUAAGGUUGACACAGUUUCUGAUAUUGCCCUUGUUCAUUUUACAUCAGUAGUUGGAAAAGUGUGGUGUCAAUUUUAUUAAAUAAUCCUAGACAAAAGAAUUAAGCAAAUGAAGCCUUUUGUAGCUGUGUGUUUGGGUGUCUGUAAAACAGUGGCACAAGAUUUGUAUACGAGUUAGUGUUCUAUCUUUCCAUUUCUUUCAGAAAUGUUCUCAUUGCCAGGAGCCAGGAGCCACCCUAGGCUGCUACAACAAAGGCUGCUCUUUCCGAUAUCAUUAUCCGUGUGCCAUUGAUGCAGGUAAGAACAAGGAAAUGAUUUUGGAAUGACUGUUCACUGGUUUGAUCUAGAAGACUUUAUAAGAGAGGCAUCGUGAAAAUCACUAACCACUUAAAAGUAACCUGUGAGAACUGAAUUAUAUUCCAUUAUAUAAUAAAUCACAACACAUUAUGGAAAAAGAAUUUGCUUCAAAUACCAGAUUUUAUGUUUACAAGUGUCAACCACAAGACAAAUAUUUACUAGUGCAGAGUUUAAAACCUGUUUCCUCUUGGAAAAUAAUUAGGACUUCUGCCAAAGUAUGCUAAAAGUAGAACAGAAAGGAUCAUGAUUUGUGUGGUUUCUGCCUUUCCUCAUUUGAAGGAGUGAAUUGAAUUAUAGUACCUGCUUCCUCUAUUAGUAUAAUUAGAUGUAAUCAUAAGACAUUUGGAGUGCCAGAGAUUGUCAAGAGACUAAAAUGGCAGACCAGUGAAUGGAGUUGAUACCAGAGAGGAUAGCUAUUGUUGAGCUGCAAAGCACUUCAGAGCAUUUGCUGUAACAACAUGCUUGUGUGUUGUUACAUUCUUUUUACUGGCAUAUAAAAAUCCUACUUGAAGAAUCUUUUGUGUUAGCAUAUCCUUGUAUAGUGUGCCUCUCAUGUGAGUCGGCUCUUAUGCUAGAUACUUUUGGAUGUGCAUGUGUUGGAGCUUUUUCUUUGGAUUUUGUGGAGCAUAUGAGACUGGUGCCUGCUUCCCAUACUGGUAUUUCAACAACAUGGAGUUGCUUCUGCUUAUAAUCCUGACAUGACUAAAUAAAACUACCUUCUAAGAAAGACAUUGAAUUCUGCUGAGUCAGCCUUCUAUUUUUGGCCUCUCUUAACUUUCCGUAACAUACACAGGAAUAGUCUUACUACUGUCGACUGCCUCUGACAUAAGAGUGGGAAAAUUAAAGAAGAGUACAGAUAUUAGUAGUUGCUAGUUAGUAUGGUCAAAAGUACAGUAUGUACAUUUCAUAGGAUGCUGUGGAUCUAGAUGAUUAAAAACUGAGAUGAAACAUUGUGAAUGAGACUGAGACUUGUAUGUCUUCCUGCAGUAUAGAUGCUGUACUUGGUUCUUUAAGAAAACAGAACAAAAUUUUGCAGCUGAAUUAAUUCUGUGCAAGGAAGUAAGAAUUGUACCCCUCCCACCACUAACUGCUGGAAAAUUUACCAAGCCCCUCUCCUUCCUGUUUUCCUUCUCCACCCCUCUGAAGGUUGUUUUGUUUUUGUUUUUAAAACUUGCUUGGUUCCUGUCACAAUGAGUCAAAAUUAGCCACUACCAACUAAGUAUGAAGAAAAUGUGUGGGAUCUUUGCUUCUUGACAACACACAUUUAUUUAUUUGGUUUUCCUUUGUUGUCUGGAGUUUAGAAUAUUAAUGGAGUUUGGAAUAUUGAGGUCCACCUGCCCUGUAGGAAGGGAAGCAGCAGCCGAGAGUGAGGUUCUGCCAGUUCCACAUGCUUCUGCUCUCACCAGCCAAGCUGGGCCUAGCCUCCCACUUUUUAACAGUGGUCAUCCAUUUUAUAUGCCCUGUGAGAUAGAGAAGCAGCAGCACCUCCCCUCACCAUUGUUUUCACCUGCUAGGUUGCCCCCACCCUCAACAAAAAUAACUUUUGGAACCAACUCUCUAUGAGGAAGAGCAGCAGAAUUCUCUUCAGACUGAAGCGUAAACAACAUUACCCUGGAAUAUACAGUAACAAGCCAACUUCAUAACCCAUGUUUUCAGUUGGCAUUUUUUGAAACUGACAAGCAGAGCUUUCCAAACUGUAUGUCACGACACGUUAGUUUGUCGGCUGCAGUGUGUAGGUGUGUCGCACAAACGCUCCCUGCACUCUUCCUGGGGCUGGAAUUGGUUAGUUUAACCUUUGGUUAAAUUGAAUUACUGUGUUGCAGAAUGAUGCAUUUCCAAAAAGUGUGUCACCAACUUGAAAACUUUGGAAAGCUCUGCACUAGAGUAUAUUAUAAACCGCAGUCCCUGUUCCUGAGAAUACCACCAGCCCAAUAUUCAUUGAAAGCAAAAGCAAAUGUCUUCAUGCCGUGUAGGAAGAGGAGUGGGGGGAACAUGAGACCAGGGCUUGCUUGGGAUUUUACCAGCUUGUACAUGCCAUCGUAAGCCAGCCUUCCCUGCUGUUUGGAACUGAAUUGGGAAUUGGGAGUCUAAAACAUCUGGAGGGCACCAAGUUGGAAGGCUGCAAUAAACAGUGUUUUCAUGUUAUGUAUGAAUGUGGCCCACAUGCUUUGAAUUGCAGGUGGGAUAAAUGCUUGUCUUAGAGAACUACACAGAAUUGUUUUAGCCUUCUUUAAGCUUCUUUUUAUGCGGCUCAGAGCUUUCAAUGUGGAACACUGACAUACCCCUUGCAGCAAAGGAAACUGAGCCAAAAUCAGAGAGAGAACAGUUUUUUCCUUGUUAGUCUCAUGCUGACUGUUAUAACAUUUCCAGCAGAUUGUAGCAGGAGGAGGAUAUGGUUAUAGCACAUAUUUAAGAUUAUUUCAAAUUAGCAUGCUUUUAUUUACCACCAUGGGAGUCACAUGGAGGUUGUAAGGAAUUGUGGGGACUGGAUCCAUUAAUGGUUUUCUGAAAACAUACUAUCUUGAUGAAGCAGCUGAAAUUUGACACCCUCCCCCUAAAAAAAGAUAGUUAAAAGAAUGUAGGGUGCAGCAGGAUCACAUGUCUGAAGCUUGAACUGAAAGUAUACCCCGAGGAAGAAUGCCCAUAAACAAGUAGUUUUUUAAUCAAAAUUUAUUGGUGAGCAUGGAAUCAAUCUGUUAAAGAGCCUCUGUAUUGACUUAAGAGUUUUGAAAAAAGUGUUUGUAGCAUGUUCUUUACCUGAACAACUUCAUGUUACAAGGGGAGAUAAGUAGGCAUACAGUGGCACCUCGGGUUACAGACGCUUCAGGUUACACAUUUUCGGGUUGUGCACCACGCUGAACCUGAAAGUACUGGAAUGGGUUACUUCCGGGUUUCGUUGCUUGCGCAUGCUCAGAAGCGCUAAAUCACGCUUUGCACAGAAGCGCCGAAUCGCAACCCGCGCAGACGCAGCGCUGCGGGUUGCGAACGUGCCUCCUGCACGGAUCACGUUCGCAACCCGAGGUUCCACUGUAUUCCUAGGAAUGUGAGUUUGCUAAGACUUUUGAGUACAUGAUUACAGUGUGCUUGCAGGCACCCAUCUCUCCUUCAGACAUUAGUGGUUACUACAUUGUGAGCACCUUUUUCAUAUUACGAAAAAAUGAUCUAUAAUUGGAGAUAAAGAAGCAAACAUAACACUUUUGUUAGCAGUGUGGUUUAAAAUCACUUCAUGCUGGGUUUGGAGUUGGUGGCUAUUUUCAGAAUAUUUUUUACCUUUUGUUUUCUUCUCUUUUAGAUUGUUUACUAAACGAAGAGAAUUUCUCAGUGAGGUGCCCCAAGCACAAGGUAAUAAAGUUGUUAUCAAUUUGCUGCCAUUUGCUACAUAGGUCUCAUCACAGUUUAUUUUUAGACAUUUUGUUUCUGGGCAAUGCUUUCUAAAUAUACUCUUUGACAUCUCUUUCUAUAUAGAGUGUGUGUGUGUGUGUGUGUUUCCAUUUCCUGUGGGAUGGCAUGGUCAGAAAAUAUGAGUCUUCAUAUUUUCUUUAUUCUGUGGAAUUAGUUUAUUUUAAUCUGGAUUCUGUUCAUUCUAUGAAAGAUAGCUUCAUUGCAUAGCUUUUGUACUGAUUUUUUUUCUUUGGCUGUAGCUAUUCAGUAAAUGUUCUGUUAAAAGUUGUUGUCUGCAAAUAGUCUGAGAAAAAGAAGUUUCGAAAUGGAUGGGAAGCUGAUUGGAAACUUCCUUUCAUCAAUUGAGUUGUUGGAGAUGGGUUGGCAUUAUUUGCUGUGCUGGACACAAUUGGCCAGCUAAUUCUUGUCUACUUGUUCAACCUCUGGUUAUAUUGUUAAAGCACCAAUUUGUAAAAUAACCAUAAUGUACUUUUCUGUAUAUAGCUAAGCAAUAUAAAGUUGGAUGAUAAUUUAUAACAUGCAGACAUGGUUGAGCCUCUGCUUGCUGAAUGAUGCUUUAUGAUGUGUAAAGGUGUAUUUGGGAUACCCCCCCUUGUUUCUCUAUUCAAAAACAGUACAGAACAAGGAAUGUGGAGCUAUCUGAAGAUCAGCUAUCUAUCUCUGUGAAAGGAAGCUGUAAAAUUUUUUGAGCGUAAACUUAAUUUGCCAAAGUAGCUGCUUUGUUAAAUAGUUAUAUUAGAAAUACAGAUAUUUUCAAGUUCACAGGUCAUGUUGGAUUAAGACUUCUGGAAACAGCCAAACCUCAGAUAACUGAAUAAAAACUGCACAUCAUAUUAUGUCUUCACAGUUAUUUAGGUUAUAUUGGAUAAUGUUGACCGCUUGCAAAAAAAAACCCCAUGUUUUUGCUCACUAAAUGUACCAAAUUGUAUAGAACAAGAUUAGUCUUUAAGGAGCAAAAAUUACCAGAGUUCAGGAGAGAAUACCAACAUAAACAAACAGAGGCAUCAUUGCUAAUUUAUGUGAGAAAUGAGCAUUCAGCCACCAAAUUGUUGAUUCUAGUCAUUAAAGCCUUUUGUUGUUGUUGCAUAUAUUUGUUCUAAUAUUUAUACUCUGCCUUUUGAUUCAUGAAUCCAUGAGCAGCUUAUAAAACUGGUAAGAACCACAAUGCAGGUUAAGAACAAUACAGUAUCACAACACCAAAAAAUAGCAAUACCAAACAAACAAACAACCAACCAACAGGAUAUGGCUCUUCCCUUGAUAAAUAUGUCACUGACAGUCACUCCUCUGAUCCAAAUGUUCUUUUGUGUAUCAGAAAUUGGGCAUAUGCUGUGGAAUUGCAUUGAACUUUCUGUGUACCAUGUUUGCCUUGUCUGUAUGGUACUGAUAAAUGGGUCCAGGAACCUUUUUGGAAUGAAUAAAUAUUAUUUCCUCAUUUCUAAAUUUUUCAGAUACGUUUAUGUAUGCUCUGUACUUUUAAAAAGCAAAGAUGUGCCACGAGAAACUAAAUUCUGCAUCCUGUAGUACUGGGCAAAUUGUAGAGUUGGAAGGGACCACAAGGGUCAUCUAGUCCAACCCUCUGCAGUGCAGGAAUCAUUUGCCGAGUAUGGGGCUCGAACCCAAUUAUUCAGGGUCCUGAAACUUCAUCCCCCAAUCUCCUGUAGACUCUUUCUAACAUUGGAGAAUCCACCAGGCAUUGUGGGUGCACACACUGUUCAAGUUGAUCUGCAUAACCAUAAAGCCUAGGAGAUGUUUUACUAAAAAUAAAAUUAAGUAUGUGACUCUCAAUGUACUGAACACAGUAUAUCUAUUUUUGCUAUUUUCCUGCGAUUCUGGAAUAUGUACAACAUUGUUUAGAAACUGUGUUGUGUUUCAAUAGAAGACAAAGACUUCCGCUCUCUAAGAAGUGACCCAUGUAUUAAAAAGUGGUUGUUUUAGAAUUAAUUGAGAUAUAGCAAGAAGUAACGCUUUUAAUUUGGAAAGAAGAGUACUUCUAGAUAUGUUACUUGUUUUGUAGUAUUAACUCCUCUUUUCUGUUGUAAGUUGAUUCUUUUAGUUAAGAUAAUGAAAAACAGAUAUAAUCUAUUUCAACAUCCACAAGGUAAAAAAAAGCUUAAGUUUGACAUUUCUGAUCAGUGGUUAAAAACAUCUGACAUCAGGGAGCAAAAAUCUUUCACAAAAUGUCAUUUCAGAACACUUAAGGAAGAAGCUGUAAAAACCUUCUUGUUGCUCAGCUGGAAAGCUUUGUGAUUAUGGAGCACAGCUCAACUUUCUUGCUAAACUGCUUACCGUAUUUUUCGCACCAUAGGACGCACUUUUUCUCUCCUAAAAAGCAAGGGAAAAUGUGUGUGCGUCCUAUGGAGCGAAUGCAGGGGGGAGGCAGGCGGGAAAAGCCCUCAAGAGCCGCACACAAGCUUCGUGCGCUCUUGCGGGCUUUUCUCCAGGAGGGAGAAGGGACUGACUGGCCGCAUCAGUCCCUUCUCCCUCCUGGGGGAAAAGCCCCCAAGAGCGGCGCCCUCUUUAAAGGCUGUGCGGCUCCUGCAGGCUUUUCUACGAGGUGGGGGAAUCCCCCCACCUCCCAGAAAAGCCAGGAGAAGCUGCGCAGCCCCUUUAAAGAGCGCGCGGCUUCUGCGGGAAGUGGGGGAAGCUGCAGCAGAUUCCCUCCUCCCAGGCUCCCUUUGAAGCGGCAAUGUGGGAGGGGAGCAGCUUACACUCGUGUAAGCAGCUCCUCUCCCACUUUCCUUCUUCAAAGCAACUACGGAGGAGGGAAGGAAGGGGACCAUGGAUCCUCCACUGCUUGCGGCUGCAGUGGAUUCCCUCCUCUCGGGCUCCCUAUGAAGCAGCAAAGUGGGAGGGGAGCAGCUUACACUCAUGUAAGCAGCUCCUCUCCCACUUUCCUGCUUCAAAGUGGAGGGAAUCCACUGCAGUUGCGAGCAGAGGAUCCAUGGCUCCGCUUCCUUCCCUGGAAGCAGGGUGCGGGGGUGCAGGGGGAAAGAGGGCAGGAAAUAGAUGCCGGGCAGGAAGACACAACCACACUUUGACCACUGAAAGUCCACCCCAGCCUCCCCAGAUUUCCACUGAGACGGCCAGGCUAAUCUCGAUGGCCAUAAGUCAGGCUCAGCAUUAUUAACUGGACUUAGAUAAGCCAUGGUUCCCCUUCCUACCCUCCUCUGAGGCUCAAUUUAAAGCAGCAAAGCGGACAGGAGCCGCCCACUUUGCUGCUUUAAAUAGUUUAGUACAACUUUUGAUUCAGAAUAUUUUCUUCCGUAUUUUCCUCCUCUAAAAACUAGGUGCGCCCUAUGGUCAGGUGCGCCCUAUGGAGGGAAAAAUACGGUAUUUCUUUCCUCCCAAAAGUUCCAAAUGCUGUGGUGCAGAAAUCCUGUCUGAAAGAUCUGUUUGGUUCUCGUACUGAUGCUCCUUUCUCUCUUUCAUUCUCCACAUGUUCCAUCUUCCUUCUCAUCUGCCUCUCUCCUUUUUAUCUUCUCUUUCCCCCUCAUCUUCUUCUUGGCAUACUGGACAUUAGCCCCUCCUCCCUUGCUCUCUUCCUUCCUUGCAGAACAAGAUGGUGAAAGGCAGCCUCAGCACAGAGCAGUCGGAGCGGGGGUGAGGGGGGAAGUGUGUUCGUGGGAAUGAAAAUAAAAGCAAGCACAGGUGAGUUGAGGGAAGGAUGCCACUUUCUCUCCAGCCCGAGGGAGAAACAGGUGGUGAUAUUGCUAUGCAAAGAUUUUAACUUUGACUCCUAUUUACUUGUAUUUUCAUACUAAGCUUGCCACUUCACCAAUGAAGGGCAGAACUGGGGAGAAGCCCUUUUCUGCUGUAUCCUAAUGGACUUCCCAUGUAUCACCUGUUUGUCUAUUUAUGUAAACACAGAAGCUUGGGUGUUUUAUAUAUCAUCAUUUGAUGGGUAACUCUCAUAUUUCACUUAGAUUCCCAUUUUCUGAGCUCCAGUAAGUCAAGAUCAGUUGCCUGCCUGACAGCCUGGUACAAGUGCCUAGAGGAAAAGGCAGUGAUUAACUCUGCAUAGCAUCAUAAUCAUAACAUACUUUCAGUGUUCUGGAAAAAGCCAAGAGAGAGAGAGCUGUCUUUCUGAGCUCAGCAGAAGCAAUCAGAACAUCCUGAGGGACACAGACUCAGAUAGUCUAAUGAUGGUUUUUCUUUGCCCUCCCAGUCCAUGCCAGAUAUACACUGGGAUGAUGUUCCAGGGCAGAUCCUUCUAUCCUUUUGGCUGAGAAAUCCACAGGAAGCCUGGAACAGACUUACAUUUGACUGUGUGUGUGUCUGGGGGGGGGGGGGGAGAGUGCAUCUGCCUGGCUUCCCUGCUUCUUUCAACCGUGUUACUCUGUUUCUUUCCCCCUCUGCCGUGUUGUUACCACUAUCUACUCUCCCCCACCUCUUCAUGCUGUGAGGGUAUUGCAAAUACUGUACCUGUCCAAGCCCUGGACAAGGCCUCUAUAAUGCUGCUUCGUUUGUCAUAAUGAAGCCAGUAAGCCAGUCGCUCUUUAAAGCUAGAACGCGGGUGUAUGUAUGCAUAUACAUACGCAGUUACUAUAACAGUCCAGCUCUGCUCAGCUCUGCCCCCAUGGCAGUGAGAAUGCGCCUCUCCCCCUGGAGGCCAUUGUUAUUCCCCACAGACAACCAGCUUGAGUGCUGAGUUGCAAGGCUCAUCCACAUGGAAUGGGUUUUUCAUCUCAAGAUAGUUUUUUUUACCGGUAUCCUCAUAUUGAAAUCACUCCUACCACGAUAUUGUUAUAUUUGCAUAUCUUGGUAUGUUUUUAGUUCUUGUGGAUGUGGGUGUGGAGAUAAUGCUGGCCUGUUGUCCACAUUUUGUAGACAGUGAAACCAAGAUGCUAACAUUCAAUGAGUUCUUCCAAAAGACACACAAAAAUGGUAAUCUAAAAAUAGGGCAGAGGUAUCUAUGUUUUCCUCAUAGAGUUUUAAAAAGCAAUUUACACCACAGGGAGCUUGUUGAAAAUUAGCAUUGAACAUUCAUUCUCUGAUUACUAUUUCAUUGUGUCUUGUCAUGUUUGAAUUGGGGCGUGAACAUUUAUUUAGCUGUAAGUGGAUUCAAUAGACAAUCCUAUAUGAACAGAUUUAGCUUUAUGAAUUGAGAUUUCCCUUAAUAGGUGGUUCAGUUAGGAUGGCUUUCACAGGAAUUAUUCACGGAAUAACAGAGAUAUCUUCAGUGUACAGGAACUAUACCAUCAUUAGUAUCUUUAUCAUUACAGAAUGGGAAUGCACACUUUAUAAACUAUUGAUGAGUUAGCUGGUUUGCUGAAGUCCCUGUCUCUUAUUGGUCUUUAUUGGUCUUUCUUUCUCCCUUACCUAUUCGCGAACAUUUUGUGAGUUUGAACAAAUUCUGCCCACCUUAUUUUGCUUACAUGCAAGACGGUACAUGUAUAAGUUGGAAUUGUGUCACUUUGACCCGUGCCACUUCUUUCUCACCAUUUAGAAAUUAUUUGCACACAGCAUUGUUUGUUUUUUCCUUUGUUUUUAAGCAUUGCUUGAAAUCCUUGUGCUUGCUCUGUGAAUAGGCUUUGUUGAUACUUUAUGAAGUGAAUGUUUUAACAGAGCAGAUUUUUUUUUAUUUAUAAGAUUUGUUAUUACUGCAGGCAAUCCAGGGCAAGGCACAAAACAAUACGAUAAUAUCAACCCAUUUGAACUAUCAGGAGAACUGCGUAUAGAACUGCCUAAUACCUGAAGAGUAGUGCACAAAAUGCUGUGUCAUUUAGAAUGGUUUGGCUAUGUGCCUUCUUCCUGGUGCAGUGAAGGCCCCUGAAAGCAAUACAUAAAGGCUAUCCUGGUCACACAGAGAUGGAAUGUCUCCACCUGUUUCUUUCUGAGCUGGUUGCUCCAGUAGUUCUGCAACAUUUCUGAGGCAUGAAGAUAAACUGUGAGUGAAUCUAGUGAUCUGCAUUGUCUCCAGGAAUUAGAAGAGAGCAGAGCACAAAGGAGAAGUGUUGUGUGUCUUGUUGCCUGUCUCUGAGUUUCUGGUUUACUGCUCUGGCUUGUUUCCAGGUAAGGGCAGGCCUCCCGUAUACAAAAGCCUGAGGCAGGAGUCUCCCAGCUCUUUCUAAAGAAACCUAUAAUGGAUUAUGAAUGCCAAUCAUUUGCUUUUAAUAUUUUUGGGAAUAUCUCUUUUCAGUUAAUUGUCUCAUGUCCAUUUACACUUUAACUGUUCACCUGGGUCUUUUUUGAUAUCAGAAAAAUAUGCCUACUUCGUAAAUAAUUUGGGGGAGGUGGCUCCUUUUGAGUUAUAGGUGUCCUAGAUCUGUGACUGGCAGUAGAGAAUGGGUUAAAAGGUAAAGGACCCCUGACAGUUAAGUCCAGUCGCGAACGUCUCUGGGGUUGUGACGCUUGCUUUACUAGCUGAGGGAGCUGACGUUUGUCCGCAGACAGUUUUUCCGGGUCAUAUGGCCAGCUGCUUCUGGCAAAACCAGAGCAGCGCACAGAAAUGCCAUUUACCUUCCCGCCGGAGCGGUACCUAUUUAUCUACUUGCACUUUGAUGUGCUUUCGAACUGCUAGGUUGGCAGGAGCUGGGACCGAGCAACGGGAGCUCACCUCAUUGUGGGGAUUCGAACUGCCGACCUUCCGAUCGGCAAGCCCUAGGCUCAGUGGUUUAGACCACAGUGCCACCCACGUACAUUGGUUACUUUCUCCUGUUGAUUCAUCAAAAUAGUGAAAUUAGUUUUGAUGUGCUUCCAUAAGCAGUGGAGGGUAGUUCCACUGUCAGUUAACUUGUAACAGGGCAGUAUAUGCAAGAACAGCUUGCAAUAAAACAAAUCAAUAAAACAAAAAUAAAACAAUCUGAAGAAAAUCAAAUAUAGAGUAUACAGUCAAAGCAACAUAACAGAAAACUAAAAUAUUAUCUUCAAGGUUUCAAAAUAAAACAUUACAAAGGAUGUCAACUACAGAAUACAUAUUUAACAUAGUAGGGCUGGGUGAGUCUGGGCCCCACCUCCUAGACCAGGUGGAAUGGGCCUUGCAGGGAGCAGCCUUCACGCUUCACAGUUAAGUUUUUAAGUUAGUUUUAAAAAUCUACCUAAAGGUCCUUUUUCUUUGCUUAAGCUGUUCAAAAGCAAGAUACAUGUAUGCCUCCUGUAGAAGUAAAAGUCAGUGGUCCAAAAUAGCUUACAAUAUCUGAAAGAUAGGUGGUUGGUAGCCAGUGUGCUCAGGAAUAAGACCCACAAUUAAGAAGCAAGGAGAUAUAAGGGAAUCUGAUUCAACCUGAAAAUUCAGUUGAAUUUCCCAGGUCCCACCCAUAAUAGAGAAAAGUGGUCUGAUAGAUAGAAAGGCUAACCAGCCCCUCCCCCUCUUUUUUGGGAAUAGGGCUCAUGCAUAUUUGAUAUAUCCAUACAACAACAAGCAUGGAAGAGUCAAUUUGAAAAGUCAGUAUCACUCUUAAGAUCCCCACUGCUCGGGCAAAGGACUCACACUUUAGCUAAGCCCCUUUUAAGUGUGCACAGUUACUUGGAUGUAUCACUGAAUCUUAUGGGGCUUACUUAAGCACAAACAUUCAUUGGAAGGGCUCCUAAUUUAAGAUGCAGGAAAGAUAUAAUAAUAGUUCACAUUCUGUGGACAAUCUGAAAGGAACUUCACCUAAAGCAUUUGCAGAAUGUUUAAGGCUGAGUAUAACACUCUUAACUAGCAGAAUGGAGUGAGUCUGAAACUUCUUGUCAUAGUGUGACUAAUAAUGGUCUACAGAGGAAAUUAAAUACAUACACAUGCCACUGCUCAAGCUGCUUAAAGUGACAUUUGUGCCUCCAGUAAAAUAGAACCGAUAAAUUUCAGCUGACCUUACCUCUAAAUCCAGACAAUACCGGCUACUGUAGUUAAGGCAUCUCCUUAGUGUGCACUCAUGGUUGCCAAUAAUCUAUCAUUGGAUAGUAAUUCUGAGUUGGUUUUUUAAUGGUUGCUAUCUGGUGGUUGUGCAGGGCCAUACAAAGUAUGGUGAGAUGAAGCCCCUUUCAGUGGCUGCACUGUUAUCAGGCUAUAGCAGAGAUUCACCCUCUGAUUAAAUUAGCCACACAUUGUAUCUUCCAACAGCCAUAUAUCCCAGCACUAAAUGUAAUGAAUUCUGACAUGGACACUUAAACAGAAGGGAAUGGGCUACAAUUUUUCCUUUCAUAUAAUCACUGCAGAAUUGCUUGCUUUUCACGACCUUAAAGGGGUUUUUUGUUUAAGGAAAAAAGAAUUAUAAAUGCUACACUUUCAUAAACAGUUCUACCAAGUUCUUGGAAGUAUUGCUGCUACAACAUUUCCUUGGGCUAUGGACUUAAAUUUUGCCAACAAGUUAAUAAAAAAUGUUUAGCACGUGCACAUUUUUCUAAUGGCAGUGCUUUUCUCCUGUUACAGGUUAAGCUGUUGAGAUAAGAAAGCGGUGGACAUUCAUGAUUGGAUGGAUUCUUUCCCACUGUGCAGUCAUGCCCCUCUCUUGAUGUGCCUGCCAAUGCCAGCACUUCCUUCAUCAACUCUUUCAUCACACUUGACCGACAACAUCACAGAAUAUGAUCAAGGAGUCUGAACCAGCUGUUUUCAUGGACACAAUCUCCAUAGUGACUAUGGGAUGGGGAGGGAAAAGAAAAGAAAGUGGGGGAAUUAAAGAGGGAGGGAUAAAAUAUAUAUAUAGAUUAUAUAUAUAAAGAUCUAUUUUUAGUCUUGAUAGACUUGUUUUAAAUGAAAGGUGCGCUAUCCCUUUUUAUGCAUUAAAUUGAAUUUUUAGGACCCAUAUAUGUUCCAAGUUGCUUAUGAACAAGUAUAAGUAAAAUUCAAACAAGGCCUUUGCAAAUGGAACUCAACUUGUUUCAAAAGGAGUUAUGAGCUUGCUUAAUCAAACUUGUCUCUUUACUCCCAACUUCCACAACAGAUAACCCAGGUUUUAAAGAAUAUGAAUUUCCCCCCUGUCUGUUGGUGAAAUUGUCCGUAGGGGUGGGAGGUGGGAAUGAAUGGUUGCAGGGAAUGGGAUGUUUGUAUUUGUGUAUGUGUGAAAAGGGGAUUUUUUUUCUUUUUAAGAAACGCUAUUUAUUUUUAUUAAGAAAGGAAGCACCAGAAGACUCCUAUGUCAUGUGACUUGUGAAAUAAGAGUGGCUUCUAUUAGCUUCAUAUACAGAUAUUCUGACCUUAUUAUACGUUACUCUGUACCAAAAGGUGGGGGAUUUGCGCCAUUCUUGGCAUUGACAAAUACUCCCAAAUCAUUCCAAGGAGCUGCUGCCUUUUUGGGGGGUAGUCUGGAGGAGGAUGUUGGCUUGCCUGCUAGAAAGGGGCAUUCAACAGGAAGUCUGAAUGUUGACAUAAUCAGUGUGUGUUAAGCUGACCAGGAAAAUCCAAUUAACCCUUCUCUUCUCUGUCUUUUGUUUCCCAAAGGAAGGAAGGGAGAAUGUCUAUUUAGCAGCCUACACCACAUGGUUAAUUUUAGUUUGUUUGUACAUUGUGUAAUUUUUAAACAUUUGAGUUUUUUAAAAAACAAAACUUUUUCUCUUGUUAAGGCCUUAAGAAGGGGUUAGUGCAUCUUUCAGUGGUCACUCUGCCAUGGGAAUAAAAUAGCUGUUUCACAAACAGUUUUAUAUAAAAAACUAAAACAAAACAAAAAAACCCCACAAAAAAACCUAAUAAACUUCAUUUUAACCUUG